ACACCUGCUUGGAGGCUUGGAGGAAGGAAGGAAAGAAACAAGAGGUGAGGAGGAGGAAAGUCUGCGCUCCGGAUCGCCCCGCGCUUUGUUGGGGCUCCUGCGCCCCAGAGCCGUCGCUGAGGAGCCCCCCAGCCUGGCAGGUUAGUCUUGGGGCGCGGGGGGGCAGCAGGGGGCGCCCCCACUUCCCUACCCAAAUCAACCUCUCCAGAAAGCGUCUUUGCGCCUAGGGCGCACGCCUUCUUUGGAGAGCUCAGGUGGCUGAAUGGGGAGGGGACGCUGUUUGCGCCCCCCCCCCACUUCGGAAAGGAAGAGAGCCCCCAUCCCCGGGAUUGCUUCCCAGGGCCCCGGUCCCGGCGCUCGCUCCACGCCCCGAUCCACCAAAGGGCCCUACAGGUGGACUCAGUCUCUUGCAAGUUUUGUGUUUUGAGGGCGUUCGUUCUGGUACCUCGGAGUGUAGGCGUCCCCCUACUCGGGACUUACUCCCGAGUAGCAGAGCACAGUUUCCUGCCCUGACUUGCCUCCAACAAAGUUCCUAGGGUUGCAUGGGGAAGCGGGGGUCCAUGACUUUCGCUGGCUUUACUCUGAGUAGGACCUACAGGGAAGGCAAACCCUAUCCGGCGGUGGGAAAGGUGUCUGCGUAGCAAAGGCAACUUCCUGGUUUCCUGCACGUGGCUCCUGUUUUCGAUUCCUCCCCUCCUUCUCAGCCCUCUCUCCCCUUUUAAAUUCGCAAAUAUGUUUCUUCAACCGCCGUGGAUCUUUGCCUAAAGCGCCCAGCCAGCGGCGUUUUCUGGAGAGGCGAAGUAGAUCUUUUCUUUUUGGCAAGGCUGCCAAAAUCAAAAUAAUCCCAGUGACCUCAUUUAAAGUCACCCGGCCGCCGGCAAGCCUCACUUACCUGGGAGUCAGCGAGAAGCCCUAUUGGGCCCAGUGGGGCUGACUCCUGAGUAGGCAGGGAUAGGCUUCUGCUGAGUCGCACGAACUUCUUCAUCCCUGUUGUUGUUUGAAGACACACCUUGCCUCUCCCUCAAAGGCCCGAAGGCAAUUCAGUUAAAUGUAUGGCUGCGUUAUAAAAUCUUCAUGGCCUUUAUGAGAAACUUCGCUUCUCUGGAAACUUAACAGAGGUAUAACUGUAUGUGCGUCCCCUUGUAUUUUUUAUUGCAUUUCUGUCCUACUUUUAGCCCCCUGCAAGCAGCUGAGGGUGGCAUAGCAUUGGUUCUCCCCCCUCGUUUAAUAUCUGAGAAACUCAAGAUAUAUAUCACAUUUUUCCGUGUGUAAGCAAAUGUCCAGGAUUUUGCAGCGAUCGCCCCCUCAAAAGCUUUCCACAGUAAAUAUAGGGCUGAAUCCAAUGAAGUUAUUACUCGAAGCAGAACCGUUGCAUCCAAGCUGAGCAGUAGUCAAAGUAAAAAGGUAAAGGUAAAGGGGCCCUGACCAUUAGGUCCAGUCGUGGCCGACUCUGGGGUUGCGGUGCUCAUCUCGCUUUACUGGCCGAGGGAGCCGGCGUACAGCUUCUGGGUCAUGUGGCCAGCAGGACUAAGCCGCUUCUGGUGAACCAGAGCAGCGCACGGAAACGCCGUUUACCUUCCCUCCGGAGAGGUACCUAUUUAUCUACUUGCACUUUGACGUGAUUUUGAACUGCUAGGUUGGCAGCAGCAGGGACUGAGCAACAGGAGCUCACCCCGUCGCGGGGAUUCGAACUGCCGACCUUCUGAUUGGCAAGUCCUAGCCUCUGUGGUUUAACCCACAGUGCCACCUGUGUACUCAAAGUAGACCCACUGAAAUGAAAGGGCAUGUGUGGCUAAAUGAGACCCAUUCAUGUAUUCUGUGAGUUGAAUUAAUGCUGGAUGCAAUCCAUUAAAAUCAUAAACAUAUCAGAUAAAUAAACAGUAUUUGUUGCUGCUGUUUUGGGGGUGUUUUCCUCUACUCCUAGUAAUGUCCCAACACAGCCAUUCUGACUAGGGUCACAGCUCAGCUGUUUGGCAUGCAGAAUGUGAUAGGUUCAAUCCCCUCUCUCAGCUGCAGGUGGUUCUGAAAACUGCCCCCAUCCACUGCCAGUCAGAGGCAGUAGUAAUACAGGGCUCAUGGAUUAACACCGUAGGGGUCAGCAGACUUUUUCAGCAGGGGGCCGGUCCACUGUCCCUCAGACCUUGUGGGGGGCCGGACUAUAUUUUGGGAAAAAAAAUAAUGAACGAAUUCCUAUGCCCCACAAAUAACCCAGAGAUGCAUUUUAAAUAAAAACACACAUUCUACUCAUGUAAAAACACCAGGCAGGCCCCACAAAUAACCCAGAGAUGCAUUUUAGAUAAAAGGGCACAUUCUACUCAUGUAAAGGUAAAGGGACCCCUGACCAUUACGUCCAGUCGCGGGGGUUGCGGCGCUCAUCUGGCUUUAUUGGCCGAGGGAGCCGGCAUACAGCUUCUGGGUCAUGUGGCCAGCAGGACUAAGCCGCUUCUGGCGAACCAGAGCAGCGCAUGGAAACGCCGUUUACCUUCCCGCCGGAGUGGUACAUAUUUAUCUACUUGCACUUUGAUGUGCUUUCAAACUGCUAGGUUGGCAGGAGCAGGGACCGAGCAACAGGAGCUCACCCCGUCAUUGCGGGGAUUCGAACCGCCGACCUUCUGAUUGGCAAAUCCUAGGCUCUGUGGUUUAACCCACAGCGCCACCCGCAUCCCUUUCUACUCAUGUAGAAACAUGCUAAUUCCCAGACCGUCCGCGGGCCGGAUUGAGAAGGCGAUUGGGCCGGAUCCGGCCCCCGGGCCUUAGUUCGCCUGCUCAUGAUUAAUAACUCAACAUAAGGCACCUUCAUAUUGAAAUCAGCCUCUUUCAUUUAUAACCGUCUGCCAACAGGCCCACUGCCCGUAGUUGGAAAAAGCUGGAAAAAACGCCAAUAGAUUUCAGAUUUGUCAACCCAUGUGCUCCUUGGGUUUCAGAUAGUAAGAGUCUGAGAAACCCAGGACACAAAUUUUCACAGCCCUCUAGCGGCUAUGAUGGCUCACUUACCAAAACUCAUGAAUUUAGCAUUAACAGUGGAAGUGUUGGAUUCCGAACGCCUUGCGAGUCGGAACGUUUUGGCUCCCGAGCGCCGCAAACCCGGAAGUGAGCGUUCCGGUUUGCGAACGUUCUUUUGGAAGCCGAACGUCUGUCAUGGCUUCCGAUUGGCUGCAGGAGCUUCCUGCAGCCAAUCAAAAGCUGUGCCUUGGUUUCCAAACGUUUUGGAAGUCGAAUGGACUUCCGGAAUGGAUUCCUUUUGCCGUCCUAGGUACCACUGUACCAUACUUGAUUCUGACGAAACUAAGCCGCCUUGUAUCUUAAAUCCAACCCCUGAUUUCAUAUACAGUGGUACCUCGGGUUACAUACGCUUCAGGUUACCUACGCUUCAGGUUACAGACUCCGCUAACCCAGAAAUAGUGCUUCAGGUUAAGAACUUUGCUUCAGGAUGAGAACAGAAAUUGUGUUCCGGUGGCGCAGUGGCAGCAGGAGGCCCCAUUAGCUAAAGUGGUGCUUCAGGUUAAGAACAGUUUCAGUUUAAGAACGGACCUCCGGAACGAAUUAAGUACUUAACCCGAGGUACCACUGUAUUUUUAUUAUAAAUUUUAUUUUUCACUUUUCCAGUAUUACUUUUGACAUAAAGACAACCCCGUCUUUCCCAACAAAUUUAUAUAUAUAUAUAUUGACUUCUUUUGCAGUUUCUUACAUUUUUUAAUUUAUAUCACCGCAUCUCUUCCACUACUCCGAUCAAUAGUUAUCUUUCAUCGAUUACAGUCUAAACUGUAAACUGUUUAAUGAUUAUUUGCUGAUACAGUAUUUAAUUUUAACGUUUACUGUUAGGUUCUGGUGGAUUGUUGAAUGUUGCUUUGUUUGAUAUGAGUUGUUUACAGUAUUUUAAAGUUAUUGCGACUCUUUAUAUUGGAUCAGAUUUUUACUGUUAAUGCUUGAUGUUUUUUGGGGGGGUUGGAAGCCGCCCAGAGUGGCGGGAGCAAUCCAGGCCGAUGGGCUGGGUAUAAAUAAAUAAAUUGUUAUUGUUGUUGUUGUCUUUAAACAUUAAUUUUAACUGUUUUGUUUAAGUUAAUCCUGCUAAUGUACUUACAUGUGUACUGUACAAUAGCAUUUCAAAUAAUCCACAAAUUUCCCCCAGUCUUUUAUAAAGUUUCCCCCUUCUUGGUUCCUUAUUGCUCCCAUAAAUUUUGCACUGGGAUGAGAGUCUUCUUUCAGUUUCUGAGCUUAUAUCCACCUGGCUGCGGUCGUAGCAGACAUAAACAGUUAUGAUUUCAUAUAGAUAUUUUUAAAUUGUCCACGAAAGGCCUCCCAUUCGUCUCUAAAAAUAUUUCAGGUUUUUAAUGAGGGGGUGCUGAAUGGAUGGUCAAGCCCCUUUUUGAAGAAAUGUAAGUGCUUUGCAAUAUAGACGAUCAGCUUCAGGUCCUGGGUAUAAUUCUUACUAUUUAUAUACCGCUCAUCUGACUGGGUUGCCCCAGCUACUCUGGGUGGCUUCCAACAAAAUACUAAAACACCAAAACCCUCAAACCUUUCUGUGCGGCCUGUUGUUGUUGUUUAGUCGUUUAAUCGUGUCCGCCUCUUCGUGACCCCCUGGACCAGAGCACGCCAGGCCCUCCUGUCUUCCACUGCCUCCCGCAGUUUGGUCAAACUCAUGCUGGUCUCUUCGAGAACACUGUCCCACCAUCUCGUCCUCUGUCGCCCCCUUCUCCUUGUGCCCUCCAUCUUUCCCAACAUCAGGGUCUUUUCCAGGGAGUCUUCUCUUCUCCUGAGGUGGCCAAAGUCUUGGAGCCUCAGCUUCAGGAUCUGUCCUUCCAGUGAGCACUCGGGGCUGAUUUCCUUAAGAAUGAAUACGUUUGAUCUUCUUGCAGUCCAUGGGCCUCUCAAGAGUCUCCUCCAGCACCAGAAUUCAAAAGCAUCCAUUCUUCGGCGAUCAGCCUUCUUUAUGGUCCAGCUCUCACUUCCAUACAUCACUACUGGGGAAACCAGAGCUUGAACUAUACGGACCUUUGUUGGCAAGGUGAUGUUUCUGCUUUUUAAGAUGCUGUCUAGGUUUGUCACCGCUUUUCUCCCAAGAAGCAGGCGUCUUUUAAUUUCAUGGCUGCUGUCACCAUCUGCAGAGAUUAUGGAGCCCAAGAAAGUAAAAUCUCUCACUGCCUCCAUUUCUUCCCCUGCUAUUAGCCAGGAGGUGAUGGGCCCAGUGGCCAUGACCUUUGUUUUUUUGAUGUUGAGCUUCAGACCAUAUUUUGUGCUCUCCUCUUUCACCCUCAUUAAAAGGUUCUUUAAUUCCUCCUCACUUUCUGCCAUCAAAGUUGUGUCAUCUGCAGAUCUGAGGUUGUUGAUAUUUCUUCUGCCAAUCUUAAUUCCGGCAUGGGAUUCAUCCAGCCCAGCUUUUCGCGGCCUAGCAUGGGACAAUGUGAAAUUGUCCGAUUUUUCUUUUAAAGAAGCAAACCAUCUGAGCAAGGUUCAGUCGCAUGUGCAUUCUGGGGGAAAAUGCUUCCCCCGAGGUGUUCUGGAGAGCUGGCUUUUUAAGAUCUCUGCCCCGAGGACCUUGCAAAUCUGUAAAUGGAGAGGGACGCUACCGCCAGAGUUGAAAUGAAGGCAGCGGUGCCUAAGAGGUUAAGCUAAAGGGGUCAAUUUCUGAGCCAGUCCUUUGUUUGUUUGCGAUCUAGCUGCAAUUCUGAGCUCCGAGAAAUGGAUUUGUAAGAUCCUGUGGGAUUUCCCUAAACCGCCUGCCCCGGUCCGCUGUUGACCAACCACCGGUCUUUGUGUCUGCUUGAGUUCGCUAACCUCAAAUAAUCUAGAUUUCCCCUUUCACAGCCAAAUGUCAAUAUUUGCCACUGAGAGAAGUGGAAUGCGACUGGGCAAAGGUAGAUAGGGAAAGAGGGAUAGACGAUUGAGGGGCGAAGGUAAACCCUGGAUUUUCAGGCUUAUGAGAAUAAAACUGCUGCAUGGAGCCACUGUUUACCUCCUCCUAUAGCUCCCAUAAACCCGCGCUGGUGCAGGUUUUGUAUUUUAUUAUUAUUGAUAAUAAUAACAUUUCUAUACACCUUUCAUCCGAGGAUCCACAAGGCAGUUUGCAAUACAAAACACACAAAAAUACAUAGCAUAAUAACAAACAAAGCAAUAACCCCCCCAGGCAACCGGUUUCCAGCUUUCAGACUACAACUCCCAUCGUCCACCGCUAAGCUAGCAGUGGACGAUGUCCGUUGUAGUCCAAGGCACCAAGUUGCGGGCUACACUCUUAGACCCAAGUCCACGUGUUUUUUUAAAUUUACUUUAUUCUUUUGUUUUGCAAGGGUUCUAUUCUGCUUGAUUGCAACGGAACCUCAAAGAAGAAUAAAGCAGGGAAACUAUAUAUUUUUAAAAGCAGCUUAAAACGUUCAGAAAAUAAAAUCGAGGAUAAGCUAAUAAGCGGAUGAAAAAACACACGCCUAUGUUCCGCAUGUCUGGGUAGGCUUGCAAUAUAAAACACACAAAAAUACAUAGCAUAAUAACAAACAAAACAAUAACCCCCCCCCCAGCUGACCAGUUUCCAGCUUUCGGACUACAACGCCCAUCGUCCACCGCUAAGCUAGCAGUGGAUGAUGGGCGUUGUAGUCCGAGACGCUGUAGAGGGCCCCAAGUUGGGGGCUACGCUCUUAGACCCAAGUCCACGUGCACAUUCCUGCAUUGCAAAGGGUUGGACUAGAUGACUUCUGGGGUCCCUUUCCCCCUCUACAAUUCUAGGAUUGCCAUCGGCAAUCGGAAACCUGCCCUAUCGAGCGGAAGCCCCGCAAAAAGAGCAUUGCAGCAGUCCAGCCUGACAGCAGCCGGCCUCUCCCGGUCCAGCCUUAUUUAUUUUCGUAGCUCCGUCCUGCAAAAUCUCCCGGCCUCGAUUCCCUGAGAAACUUGGGCAGCGGGAGGGAAGACCCCUGAAAUCCUGGCCACCGGCUGCCAGCCCGUGCCGGCGACAACACACAGAGAGAGGGAGCUGACUCCAGAUAAGGCCGCUUCCGGUGUCCAGCCCCAGAUAGGAUUUCAGCCUUUGUUGCUUUCUCAGUGUCCUUGCAGUUAUCGGAAACCCCCGGUCCGUCACGAGCCGGCCAGAGGCAGAUCUUGGGAGAUGUUUUCUUUGCGAGAGGCAGCUGAGAAUUCCCUGUUUUUGAAGUUUCUCUGCACUGAGCGGUUUUCCUUUGGGGCCUCUGCCAGCCGGCGAGGGAACUGGAGAGUUCUGGCUCCACCUGGAAUCUAGGUGUGUCUUUGGGGAGGGUACACCUGUUCGCUGGAAGAGGUGGGGCCGGGGUGCGGAAGAGGAAGGAAAACCAGAGCCGACAGGCCAGGGAGGGAGAAAACCUGGAAUAUAAAUAUAUAUAUUCUGGAAGCCUGCCUUCUGUCGGGCCUGGGCAAACCUCUUCGGGGCUGCGGACAGGUGAGCACACCUGUUUCCCACCUGGCAAAGAUGUCUGGCCCAAGCUGGUUCUGAGCACCAUGGCCGUGCGAUUUCAGGCAAGUAAAUUUUGCGUUGUUUGGCAGCCUUCGCCUCGCGACCUACUUCCAGCGUGCAAAAAAAUACGGGCUUAUCUCUGAGCCGGAAAACGAGGAGGUUUGUCUGCCCAGCUUAACAACAUUCUUGUUUUCUCUAUUUUUUUCUGGCAAGGCGGUUGCGGAGGGAAACGUGUAACCCGAGCCGCGUUUAAUUGAAAGGGCUGCAUUCAAGACAGGAGCCUGGGAACCGUAGCGUGUAGCUGCACGCUACAGUUCCCCAGAUUUUCCCCUCCUGGGGCGUGUGUGCUUUAAAAGUGCAGCCUUAAUCUCACGGCCGUUUGAGUCGCCUAGCUGUCAACUUUCCCCUUUUCUUGUGAGGAAUCCUAUUUGGAAUAAGGGAAUUUAAAAAAGGGAAACGUUGACAGCUAUGGGCAGGUGGGUUGUUCAUUUGGGGGUGAGGGCCUGGCACUCUGGACAUGCUCAGAGGUACCCCCUUUUCUUUCUGGGUUAGAGUGUUUAGAUUAAUUCAGGGCGCCCCGUGCUUUUUGGACACGGAGUUGGAAAGCUGUGUCUCUGGGUACGUGCAGAGUGCAUUUGGAGUAAAGAGGACUGGGGUUGUGGGUUUUUUUGGGUGGGGGGAUCUUGGAUUUUGAGGAUGGAAAAAUCAGGUUGUUUCUUUCUCGUGGGACAAACUGCAGUUUAGGAGUCAACCUCUCCCUGCAACCGAAGCUUUCCACCUGGUUUCCUUGUAAAACAGUCAGUAAUCCAACAGGUGUGUCUUGUCUCCUGGCAUGGAGAAACAGCCAAAUGUGGCCUCUUGGCCCGAUAUUAACCCUGCCGUUUCGAAAGGGCAGAGGAGCGAAGCUCUCUUUGGGUGUUGGCUACGCGUGAACCACUCCAGGCUCGCUAGGACAACAAAGGGGACUUCCUGUAGUUUCUGCCUGGCAAAACGUCCCAGGAAUGUGGGAUUGGCCUUUCUGUGAGAGCGGCUGUUUACCCACUUUUGUCCUGGCUCUCCAGGUGAGGACAAGGGUGGUGCUGUGGGUUAAACCACAGAGCCUAGGACUUGCCGAUCAGAAGGUCGGCGGUUCGAAUCCCCGCAAUGACGGGGUGAGCUCCCAUGGCUCAGUCCCUGCUCCUGCCAACCUAGCAGUUCGAAAGCACGUCAAAGUGCAAGUAGAUAAAUAGGUACCACUCCGGCGGGAAGGUAAACGGCGUUUCUGUGCGCUGCUCUGGUUCGCCAGAAGCAGCUUAGUCUUGCUGGCCACAUGACCCGGAAGCUGUACGCCGGCUCCCUUGGCCAGGAAAGCGAGAUGAGCGCCGCAACCCCAGAGUCGGCCACGACUGGACCUAAUGGUCAGGGGUUCCUUUACCUUUUACCUCCAGGUGAGCGAUUCAGGAAACCUUGAGAGCGCUUGAGAGCCUCCUCCAGUUGCACGAGGGGAGUGUCGCUGAGUGGGUAGAGCACCCGCGUUUGCAAGCGCCGGAGGUUGCAGGUUGCAUCCUCUUCCUGGUUAAGAACGUGAUUGUUUGGGGUAGGGGGAAGAGACCCCUCUCUCAACCUGAGAUGCUGGAGAACGGCUGCCGGUCAGAGCAGGCAGUAUUGGGGCAAGGCAGCAACCGGAGAAUUACACAUGGGCAUCAGAGGAUACCUGUGGAUCAGACCACCCAGAUACCCCCAUGGCAAACUCGCAAUCUGGACCCCAGCACAACAUCCCCUCUCCCUUCUUUUGUGUCCAGAAACUGGCGUCCAGGAACAUUGCUGCCUCCAGCCGGGGAAGUCGAGAGUAGCCAUCAUGCCUAGUGGUCACCGAAAGCCAGACUCCCCUCCUCCGUGAAUUUCCCUCGCCCUCUUUUAAAGCCAUCCAAGUCGAGGACCAUCCCGGCCUCCUGUGGCAGGCAGUUCCAUAGUUUAACUACGAGCUGUGCGAAUCGUUAAGAGUUGGAAGGGGUCGCCUUGGAGCCCUGGCAAAGAAGGGAUUUCUUUUAUGGAAAGAUGCUAGGCCGGGCACAUAUAAUAUUUUUGCCCGCAGAUAACCGGAAGCUGUACGCCGGCUCCCUUGGCCAAGAAAGCGAGAUGAGCGCCGCAACCCCAGAGUCGGCCGCGACUGGACCUAAUGGUCAGGGGUCCCUUUAACUUUAGCUUUUAACCCUCCACCGAAGUAUUUCGUAGAUCCCUCUUUCUUUCUUCCCCCCCUCUCUCUUCCUCUUUCUUUCUUCCCCCCUCUUUCUUUCUUUCUUUCUUUCUUCCCCCCUCUUUCUCGCUCUUUCUUUCUUCUUCUUCCUUCCUUCCUUCCUUCCUUCCUUCCUUCCUUCCUUCCUUCCUUCCUUCCUUCCUUCCUUCCUCUCUCUCUCUCUCUCUCUCUCUCUCCCUCCCCCCUCUCUCUUUCUCCCUCUUUUCCUUCCUUCCUUCCUUCCUUCCUUCCUUCCUUCCUUCCUUUCUUUCUUCCCCCUCUUUCUCUCUCUCUCUUUCUCCCCUCUUUCUCCCUUCCUUCCUUCCUUCCUUCCUUUCUUCCUUUCUUUCUUCCCCCUCUUUUUCUCUCUCCUCUUUCUUUCUUUCUUUCUUUCUUUCUUUCUUUCUUUCUUUCUUUCUCCCUCCCUCCCUCCCUCCCUCCCUCUCUCUCUCCUCUCUCUCUCUUCCUCUUUCUCUCUCUCUCCCUCCCUCCCUUACUCUUUCUUUCUUUCUUUCUCUCUCUCUCUCUCUCUCUCUCUCUCUCUCUCUCUCUCUUCCUCUUUCUUUCUUUCCCUCUCUCCCUCCCUCCCUUACUCUUUCUUUCUUUCUUUCUUUCUUUCUUUCUCUCUCUCUCUCUCUCUCUCUCUCUCCCCCCCCCUUCUCUUCCUCUCCCUUUCGGCAACAUUCGCCUCUUCCUUUCUUCAGCCACCUUGACCUAAUUUCACCACAAAUUAAUCCCACCCCCCUUCUUCCAAAACUUCUUGGAAUGCUUUAUAUGCCUGCCGGCGGUUAAGUUAUUUAUUUCUUUAAAGAGAGCCCGUUUUUUCAGCCGAAAGAGCUGAUCCGCUUAUCGAAAUACCUCCAUGCUUCUGAGUGGCAGAUUUAAAGGCGUCAUUAUCGCCUUAGACCCCCAUCAGAGGUAAGCCAAUUAUUACAGACCCCAUAUACCCUGCGGAAAAUAAAAUAAAUAAAUCGGGGCUAGUAAAAAAAGCUCGUUUUUAAAAGCAAGCAUAAACAGCUCCCUUCCUCAAUCAGAAGUAAAGGGGGCACUUUAAAUAAAAAAUUGGCUAGCAUUGAUUUUGGGGAGUGGGCAGAUAGUGUUUUGCUUGCGCCCUGCAAGUCACGCGUGAUAGCGCUUUGUUUCCCAGCAGCAAAUCCCACGCUAGGCGUCAUUUAGGGAAAUAAAAAGGGCCGAUUUUAUAGAAUGGUAGAGUUGCAAGGGACCCCUAGAGUCAUCUAGUCUGACCCCCCGCGAUGAAGGCAUCGUUAUGGCCGCUGUACAAAUCUAUGCUUAAGGUUGAAUCCUUACAAGACAGAAGGACUGUUUUUGGGGGACAGGGGGCGGGCAGGUGUGGGGGACUCCCUGGUCCUGAAUGGGGUCACUCUGCCCCCGAAGGACCAGGUGCGCAGCCUGGGGGUCAUUCUGGACUCACAGCUGUCCAUGGAGGCGCAGGUCAGUUCUGUGUCCAGGGCAGCUCCAUCUGGUACGCAGGAUGAGACCCUCCUUGCCCAUGGACUGUCUGGCCAGAGUGGUGCAUGCUGUGGUUAUCUCCUGCUUGGACUACUGCAACGCGCUCUACGUGGGGCUCCCUUUGAAGGUGACUUGGAAACUACAACUAAUCCAGAAUGCGGCAGCUAGACUGCAGACUGGGAGUGGCCACCGAGACCAUAUAGCACUUGAAAGACUUCCAUUGGCUCCCAGGACAUUUCCGGGCACACUUCAAAGGGUUGGUGCUGACCUUUCAAGCCCUAAACGGCCCAGUUUCCCUGAAGGAGCGUCUCCACCCCCAUCGUCCAGCCCGGACACUGAGGUCCAGCUCCGAGGGCCUUCUGGCGGUUCCCUCCCUGCGAGAAGCGAGCUUACAGGGAACCAGGCAGAGGGCUUUCUCGGUGGUGGCACCCGUCCUGUGGAACGCCCUCCCAUCAGUUGUCAAGGAAAUAAACAACUAUCUGACUUUUAGAAGACAUCUGAAGGCAGCCCUGUUCAGGGAAGUUUUUAGUGUUUGAUGUUCUGUUGUGCUUUUAAUAUUUAGAAUGAAUUGAUUUUAGAAUGUAUUUUGAUUAAUGGAUUGUGAUUUUAUGUAAACUGUGUCUCUUUUACUGUUAUUAACUCUUAUUAGCCACUCUGAGCCCUGCUUCGGCUGGGGCAGGCGGGAUAUAAAUUUAUUAUUAUUAUUAUUAUUAUUAUUAUUAUUAUUAAUUCUGCUGGGAGCAGCCCAGAGUGGCUGGGGAAACCCAGCCAGAUGGGCAGGGUAUAAAUAAUAAAUUGUGGUGGUGGUGGUUGUUAACGCGAUUGUCGAAAUCUAUGGUGCAUUGGAAAACAUUCAGGAAAGGGGCGACUCGGAUGACCAAGGGGAUUGAAAGGUUUGGGACUAUUUAGUUUUAAAGUAAAGGGGCGUGAGGAGCAACAUGAUUGUUGUUGUUUAGUCGUUUAGUCAUGUCCGACUCUUCGUGACCCCCUGGACCAGAGCAUGCCAGGCCCUCCUGUCUUCCACUGCCUCCCACAGUUUGGUCAAACUCAUGCUGGUCUCUUCGAGAACACUGUCCCACCAUCUCGUCCUCUGUCUUCCCCUUCUCCUUGUGCCCUCCAUCUUUCCCAGCAUCAGGGUCUUUUCCAGGGAGUCUUCUCUUCUCAUGAGGUGGCCAAAGUCUUGGAGCCUCUGCUUCAGGAUCUGUCCUUCCAGUGAGCACUCAGGGCUGAUUUCCUUCCGAAUGGAGAGGUUUGAUCUUCUUGCAGUCCAUGGGACUCUCAAGUGUCUCCUCCAGCACCACAAUUCAAAAGCAUCCAUUCUUCGGCGAUCAGCCUUCUUUAUGGUAGCAACAUGAUAGAAGUCUAUAAAAUUCUGCCUGGCGUUUAGUUAUUAGAGUUUGGCUGAGAAAGGAGCAGCAAGCGAAAGAUUUCCCUCUUUGCCGCCUCACCUGGUAGCUGCUAUUCCCCAGUGCCCAGCGCAUCAACUUCCAUAAAUACACAACUCUUAUUAUUGAGGGGAAGUGCGUGGAACGGGUCUCGGUGUUUCGAUUUCUGGGAAUGGAGUUGAGAGAUGACCUAACCUGGGGAGAAAACAGCAAAGACCCGAUGAAGAGAGCACAGCAGAGGUUAUAUUUUCAGAGAAUCCUCCGGAAAAACAAUCUCUCAAAGGACCUGUUGAUGGCAUUUUACCAUUGUACUGUGGAGAGUGUAUUAACGUAUGGUCUGUGUGUGUGGUUUGGGAGCUGCACGGCCAGGGAAAAAACAAUGCUGUCCAGGGUUGUAAAGACUGCGGAGAGAAUAAUUGGGCGCACUCUUCCCACCUUGGAUCAAAUCUAUGCUUUCAGGUGCCAUAAGAAAGUGGCAGAAAGAGCGCAGGUUAGUGCGCACCCCGGAAAUGAUCUCUUUCAGCUUCUGCCUUCUGGAAGAAGGUAUAGAGUUAUAAAGGCCAGGACUAGCCGCCUGAGAAACAGUUUCUAUCCAAAUGCGAUUUUGGUUUUAAACGCAGUGUAAGGUAGUCUCUAGGGGUUAAACCACAGAGCCUAGGACUUGCCCAUCGGAAGGUCGGUGGUUCGAAUCCCCACGAUGGGGUGAGCUCCCGUUGCCCGGUCCCUGCUCCUGCCAACCUAGCUGUUCGAAAGCACGUCAAAGCGCAAGUAGAUAAAUAGGUACCGCUCUGGCGGGAAGGUAAACGGCGUUUCCGUGCGCUGCUCUGGUUCGCCAGAAGCGGCUUAGUCAUGCUGGCCACACGACCCGGAAGCUGUACACUGGCUCCCUCGGCCAAUAAAGCGAGAUGAGCGCUGCAACCCCAGAGUCGGCCACGACUGGACCUAAUGGUCAGGGGUCCCUUUACCUUUAAGGUAGUCUCUAUGGGACUAUAUUGUAUUUAAUUAUGGGGUAUCAGAGUUUUUAGGGGGCUAACCAGGCUGGGAUAGCCGGGAUAGCAGGCUUGUUGGUUUCUGAAUGUCUGAUGUAGAUUUUCAGUUUCAUUGUUCUGUAUGGGACAAUGACAAUAAAGAUUAUCGUAUUGUACAGUGGUACCUCGGGUUACAGACGCUUCAGGUUACAUACGCCUCAGGUUACAGACUCCGCUAACCCAGAAAUAGUGCUUCAGGUUAAGAACUUUGCUUAGGAUAAGAACAGAAAUCGUGCUCCGGCGGCGCAACAGCAGCGGGAGGCCCCAUUAGCUAAAGUGGUGCUUCAGGUUAAGUACAGUUUCAGGUUAAGUACAGACCUCCGGAACGAAUUAAAUACUUAACCAGAGGUACCACUGUAUCGUAUCUGAGCUGCGGUGUGCCCUGGAGGGAUCCUGUUGAUCCCUUUUCAGGAGAAAAAGGCCGCUUGUGAUCUUCUAGCCGCUGUUUGGCUCGUGCUUCUGUGAGGUCACGGAAUGUCCCCAAACAUUCCAAGUUGGCAGGGGAGGAGAAAGGGAGCCGUCGAGAUGUCAGCGGCUCGCUUGCCACGAGGAGCGUGGAGUUGUUAGUUCAGCUGGGACGAAACUCUCACGAACAGGGGUCCCAGGGGUGAGAGCAACUUUGUGGGGGAAAUCUUGAGCUCGAGGGCAACACGAUUCCUCCAUUUUCACGGGGUCAGCCUAGAUGACCCUCGGGGUCCCAACGAUAUGAUCCUGCGAUUCUAUGCCAGAAGGGAAGGGUUGCGGAAGUAAGGGGCAGGGUAUUGGGUUGUUGUUUUUAUUUUGAUUAUAUAUUUUGCGGUUUUGUAUUUUGGUUUUGUUCUGCGAACCGCCCUGAGACCUCUGGGUAUAGCAUGGUAUAUAAAUUCAAAUAAUAAUAAUAAUAAUAAUAAUAAUGGGCGAUGGAUUAAGGAAAGGGGGUAUGUGGAUGGUGUUUUCUAAAACAAUUAAUCUUUAUUAAACAUCAAUCAACAUCAAUUUACACAUAACUCAUCAUCUUAACUUAGAUGCGGCAGCUAAAAAAGCCAAUGCAAUUCUGGCCUGCAUCAAUAGGAGUAUAGCAUCUAGAUCAAGGGAAGUAAUAGUGCCACUGUAUUCUGCUCUGGUCAGACCUCACCUGGAGUACUGUGUCCAGUUCUGGGCACCACAGUUCAAGAAGGACACUGACAAACUGGAACGUGUCCAGAGGAGGGCAACCAAAAUGGUCAAAGGCCUGGAAACGAUGCCUUAUGAGGAACGGCUAAGGGAGCUGGGCAUGUUUAGCCUGGAGAAGAGGAGGUUAGGGGUGAUAUGAUAGCCAUGUUCAAAUAUAGAAAAGGAUGUCACAUAGAGGAGGGAGAAAGGUUGUUUUCUGCUGCUCCAGAGAAGCGGACACGGAGCAAUGGAUCCAAACUACAAGAAGAAGAUUCCACCUAAACAUUAGGAAGAACUUCCUGACAGUAAGAGCUGUUCGACAGUGGAAUUUGCUGCCAAGGAGUGUGGUGGAGUCUCCUUCUUUGGAGGUCUUUAAGCAGAGGCUUGACAACCAUAUGUCAGGAGUGCUCUGAUGGUGUUUCCUGCUUGGCAGGGGGUUGGACUCGAUGGCCCUUGUGGUCUCUUCCAACUCUAGGAUUCUAUGAUUCUAAGAUAAUACUUAUAAUGCAGACAAAACAAACUACAUUACAACAUCAACACAUCUUGGACACUAAAUUCUGAUUCUCCUCAUUGUACUAUUUUACAUUUUGGUAAUUUGUACACAGUUCAUUAUUGUUACUAUCUUUCCCCCAUUUCUCAUCAAGAAGAUUCUGCUAUAGACUUCCUUUGUAUUUCAAGAUUCAUUCUAAGUCUGCCCGGAGUUGACCGUUGUCCCAAUAGUUUUUAAGGUAUUCUUUAAACAUUGUCCAAUCUUUAUUAAAUUUUUGUACUAAGUUUCCUCUUAAUCUCCCUGUCAUUCUUGCGAGUUGUAAAUAUUCUGUCAUUUUUGCUUGGUUUUUGUGGGGUUAUGUCAUCACUUUUCCAGUGAUUUGCUAUUAAAAUCCUAGCCGCUGUGGUUGCGUUCAUGAAAAGAGGUCUACGAUUUCCCUUGAUUUCCAUGGACAUACCGUAUUUUUUGCUCUAUAAGACUCACUUUUUCCCUCCUAAAAAGUAAGGGGAAAUGUGUGUGCGUCUUAUGGAGCGAAUGCAGGCUGCGCAGCUAUCCCAGAAGCCAGAACAGCAAGAGGGAUCGCUGCUUUCACUGCGAAACGAUCCCUCUUGCUGUUCUGGCUUCUGGGAUUCAGAAUAUUUUUUUUCUUGUUUUCCUCCUCCAAAAACUAGGUGCGUCUUGUGGUUUGGUGCAUCUUACAGAGCGAAAAAUACGGCAAUGCCUAAUAGGAAGGCCUCAGGUUUUUUUGGGAGAAGAGAAUUUAAAUGUCUUUUAAAAUUUCAUUAUAUAUGCUAUCCCAAAAUUCUCUUACGCUUCCACCACAUGUGCAUAAAUGUAGUGAGUGUUAGUUGGCAAUGGAGAGUCGAAGGAAAGGGCAGAGCAGGUGAGGAAACUGAAAAUCAUAGAAUUAUAGAGUUUCAAGGGACCCUCAAAGGGACGCAGGUGGCGAUGUGGGUUAAGCCACAGAGCCUAGGACUUGCCGAUCAGAAGGUCAGCGGUUCGAAUCCCCGCAAUGACAGGGUGAGCUCCCGUUGCUCGGUCCCUGCUCCUGCCAACCUAGCAGUUCAAAAGCACGUCAAAGUGCAAGUAGAUAAAAAGGUACCGCUCCGGCGGGAAGGUAAACGGCGUUUCCGUGCGCUGCUCUGGUUCGCCAGAAGUGGCUUAGUCCUGCUGGCCUCAUGACCCGGAAGCUGUACGCCGGCUCCCUCGGCCUAUAGAGCGAGAUGAGCGCUGCAACCCCAGAGUCGUCUGCGACUGGACCUAAUGGUCAGGGGUCCCUUUACCUUUACCUUUUAAGGGACCCUCAAGGGGCAUCUAAGUCCAACCCCCUCCAAUGUGUAAAAGGGGCUUUUUAAGAGAGAAAACAGAAGCUGAAUCAGACAUUGAUUUGACAUAAAGGGCUAAUUCUUCGGCUGCCUGCUCUCUUUCUGUUUGUGUAUAUCCCUGAAGUUGUUUUAUAACGUUUUCCUUCUUUUCCUAGGUUGCAGACAUGGAGGAGAUGAUAAUCUGGGAACAGUAUACAGUAACGCUAAGCAGGGUGAGUGAUUUGAGAAAUAAGCAGAAUAACAACCACAACAACAAUCUUUAUCACGGUCCAGAGACCCAACAAAUCGUUACAAAGCAAUACACAAUUCAUACAGCCUACCUCCAGGUUAAACAAGCAUUUUGUGCAGAAUAUAGGGAUCAUUGGUUCUUGCAACCGCCGAUAAAAACCUCGCCACUGCUAAUGUUCUAGCGUUUGUCAAGUCUUCCAAUAGGAACCUGACAUAGUGAGCCUCUGAUUUUCCCAGGCAAGGGACCAGCAAGGGUAAUAUCAGUUCAGCCCUGGCUUGCUCGUAUUUUGCACAGUGCAGCAAAAUAUGUUUUAUGGACUCGAUGUCUUGAGCACACGAGCAAAGUCUGUCCUGGUAGGGAACUCCUCUCAACACUGCAGAAGGAAAGACGUUUAAUCUGGCUUUCGUGAAAAGCCUUCGAUAGUUUGGUACUGUCAGGUUUUUAACGUAAGGUGUUAACUUAAAGACAUGCCCAUAUUGUACUCCUACUGCCAGCGGACUACAGACUGCGUGUGAUCGAGAUCUCAAGUCACUGUGUGCACUAUCCCAUAAUCUUUGCUUUAACGUCUUUUGGGCGCCUUCAUAACCCAGGUAAUACAGUUGGGGGGGGGGGGGACACAGACCAAUAAGCAGAAUAAGCCCAAGAAAUAAGCGGAUGGUUUUCUGAUAUUUGUGUGUGUGUGUGUUUGCUUUAAAAAAUAUAUAUUAAUGUUUGAAAGGAGAAGGAAAAUAUAGUAUACAGCAGGCAUGUCCAAAGUCCGUUUUGGGGACCCAAUCCAGCCCACCAGUCGGUUUAAUCCGGCCCCUGUGGCAGAUUAUCUCCCGGGGUAAAAUCCUACAAAAACCUCCACAACUCAACAGCUUUGGUUGGCCCUCACGGCCCUUCACUUCAUCAAAUCUGGCCCUCCUUGAAAAAAAAGUUUGGACACCACAGAAAUGAACAUCAAAUAUCAAGCAUUUUUUAAACAUAGAUCACCGGGAAUGAUCUGCUCUGCUCAUUAGGCAAGACUCUCCUGUGCAGAUCCUGUUUUUGCUAACUCCAGCUUGCAGGGUGUGAUUUACGGCCGGCUCACUCCUGAAACUAAGUGAGCCACAUGCAAAAGUUGCCCUUUGUCCUGAAAAGGUUCCUUGCCCUUGGUUUAGCAUGGCCCCAAACCUGGGGAGCUUUCCCUUCCCCUCCCCUGGCGCAUCCACAAAGAAGUUUGCGGAAGCUUUUGCACCCGUUUUUUCCUCGACCAACAAACCAACAAACCAUGGUUUGAUUAUAAGUCUAGUUUUCUGGAACCAUGGAAACCAUGGUUGGUGAACUCACAAACCAUGGUUUGAUCUUAAGUCCAGUGUUUUGGAAGCGAACGAAGAGGAAACCAUGGUUACUGAACCCAGAAAGCAUAGUUUGAUCUGAAGUCCAGUUUUCUGGAAGCAAAAGAACUGGAAACCUUGGUUGGUGAACCCAGAAACCAUGGUUUGAUCUUAAGUCCAGUUUCCUGGAAGCGAGCGAACUGGAAACCAUGGUUAGGGAACCCACAAACCAUGGUUUGAACUUAACUACUGUUUUCUGGAAGCAAGCGAACAGAAAACCAUAGUUGCUGAACUCAGAAACCAUGGUUUGAUCUUAAGUCCAGUUUGCUGGAAGCGAGUGAAGAGGAAACCAUGGUUGGGGAACCCAGAAACCAUGGUUUGAUCUUAAGUCCAUUUUUCUGGAAGCAAACAAACUGGAAUCAAAUUAAAUUGGAGCGCAGAAGGGAACUGAGAUCUGCUUUGGGCCUCUUUCCAUGCAGGAUCCCCGGAGGGGCUUUGGCAUUGCCAUAUCGGGAGGCCGGGAUCGCCCCAGCGGCGUCGACGGAGACACAUCCAUCAUCAUCUCCGACGUGGUGCCCGGGGGCCCUGCUGAUGGCCGGCUCCAGUGAGUAACCUUAAACCAGGCAGCUUUAGCAGGCUGCCAGGAAACCAUGGUUUGAUCUGCAGUCCAGUUUGCUGGAAGCGAGCAAACUGGAAACUGUGGUUGGUGAACCCACAAACCAUGGUUUGAUCUGGUCCAAUUUGAUGGAAGCGAGCAAACUGGAAACUGUGGUUGGUGAACCCAGAAACCAUGGUUUGAUCUUAAGUCCAGUUUGCUGGAAAUGAGCAAACUGGAAACCAUGGCUUGAUGAACCCACAAACCAUGGUUUGAUCUUAAGUCCAGUUUGCUGGAAGUGUACAAACUGGAAACCGUGGCUUAGCAAACCCACAAACCAUGGUUUGAUCUGAAGUCCAGUUUGCUGGAAGCGAGCAAACUGGAAACCGUGGCUUGGUGAACCCACAUGGCAGCCAGGAAAGAGGGAAAUGAGCUUUCUAUGGAAUCCUCGAAGUGUUUUUUUAAUGGUUUGGGAGAGUCAGAAUUUUUUUGAUUGCUGAUCGCUCUUGGCCCAUCUCACAAGGCUUUUUUUUCAGGACCCGAGACAAGAUAGCCAUGGUGAAUGGUAUCUCCAUGGAGAACGUGUCCUCCUCCUUUGCUAUCCACACCCUGAAAGGCUGCGGGAAAGCCGCCAAUAUUGUGAGUAAGAGCAAGCGCCAACUCCUUGACGGCGACCCUCAGCCAAUCGCUCCGGAAGAGGCAUGCCUUUAAAUUGAACAACAGCUCAGUGGGUAAUAGCAUGGGACUCUUAAUCUUGGGGCUGUGGGUUCGAGUCCCACACGGGGCUGUUUCACGGGGUUGGCGCCUACUGACGCUACAAUUCCCAGAUUUUGAUCGUCUCCCUGCAGAUUUUGGGGCGGCUCCUUUCCCGGUGAGAGAACGGCAGCUCUGCGUGAGCUGAUAACAAUCGUUGAAUUUGUUGGAAGGGACCCCAAGGGGUCAUCAAGUCCAACCCGCCCUGCGAUGCAGGAAUCAUAGCUAAAGUAGGCAUUCAGACAUUGGCCUGUCUCGGGAGACAAUGGAGGUGAAGUCAAACUGUUGGAAGGUUGCAGCGCCUGUUGUGGUUGUAGAGACUGAUACAGGGUAUUCCUGACACAGCAUAGAACUAUUAUUAUUAUUAUUAUUAUUAUUAUUAUUAUUAUUAUUAUUAUUGCAGUACCUCUGGUUACAUACGCUUCAGGUUACAGACUCCGCUAACCCAGAAAUAGUGCUUCAGGUUAAGACCUUUGCUUCAGGAUGAGAACAGAAAUCGUGCUUCAGCGGCGCAGCCGCAGCGGGAGGCCCCAUUAGCUAAAGUGGUGCUUCAGGUUAAGAACAGUUUCAGGUUAAGAACGGACCUCCGGAACGAAUUAAGUACUUAACCCGAGGUACCACUGUAUUAUGAUUAUUUACAUUUAUAGGCCAUCUCUACCUCUAUCUUCCAGGAAGGGACGCUGGUGGCGCUGUGGGUUAAACCACAGAGCCUAGGACUUGCCGAUCGGAAGGUCGGCGCUUCGAAUCCCCGCAACAGGGUGAGCUCCCAUUUCUCAGUCCCAGCUCCUGCCAACCUAGCAGUUCAAAAGCACGUCAAAGUGCCAGUAGAUGAAUAGGUACCGCUCUGGCGGGAAGGUAAACGGCGUUUCUGUGCACUGCUCUGGUUCGCCAGAAGCAGCUUAGUCCUGCUGGUCACAUGACCCAGAAGCUGUACACCGGCUCCCUCGGCCAGUAAAGCGAGAUGAGCGCCGCAACCCCAGAGUCGGUCAUGACUGGACCUAAUGGUCAGGGGUCCCUUUACCGUUACCUUUUUAUCUUCCAGGAAUCUCAAGGUGGCAUUCAUGUUUUCCCCACUUCUCAUUUAAUCCCCACAACCCUGUAAGGCACCAAGGUCACCCACUGAGCUUUGUGGCCGAGUCGGGAUUCGAACCCUGCUCUAGCGUCCUGCUCCGACACUCUAACCCAGUGGCUCUCAACCUGUGGGUUCCCAGAUGUUGUUGAACUACAACUCCCAUCUCCCAUCUGGUCAUGCUGGCUAGGAAUGAUGGGAGUUGUAGUCCGACAACAUCUGGGGACCCACAGGUUGAGAAACACUGCUCUAACCAUUGCACAACACUGCCUCACGGAGCUGUGGGGUUGGAAAGGGGCCUUUGGUGGGUUUUCUGCAACGGCACACUCCAGCUGUGAUGUUUCAAGGCGGACUUUGUUGCGUCGGAGCGACAACAGCCGCAAGGAACCCGCAAAAGUGCGAGUCCCUGGGAUUAUAAACUGUGUGGGCUGUUCUAGAGGUACUGUAUUUUCCGCUCUAUAAGACGCACCAGACCACAAGACGCACCUAGUUUUUGGAGGAGGAAAACAAGAAACAAAAUAUUCUGAAUCUCAGAAGCCAGAACAGCAAGAGGGAUCGCUGCGCAGUGAAAGCAGCAAUCCCUCUUGCUGUUCUGGCUUCUGGGAUAGCUGCGCAGCCUGCAUUCGCUCCAUAAGACGCACACACAUUUCCCCUUACUUUUUAGGAGGGAAAAAGUGAGUCUUAUAGAGCAAAAAAUAAGGUAUUUAGCUGCAUUAAUGCGCAGAAACAGAGACUUUGAGGGAAAGCAGGACUGCGUUGUCCGAGCCGGAUAUUAUCCGACGGAACAGAGUUUCCACUCCUAUCGCUGAUUCAAGGCCAUAUAACUCCGACGUUCUCGACGCAUUCUUAACAAAAUCUGAGUUAGCAGAUUCCCCCAACCACACACUAUUUUUGUGUCUCUUCACAAUGUAGGCUAACUUAUGACGUCAACGUCAAGAUUUCACCCAGUACGGGACCCUAGGGUCAUCUAGUCCAACCCCGGCUUAAUCCGUUCCGGAAGUCCGUUUGACUUCUGAAAUGUUCGGAAACCGAGGCACGGCUUCUGAUUGGCGUAGGCGCCCCGGAAACAAUAGCUGACAGCCACAGUGGACGUUCGGCUUCCAAAAAACGUUCGAAAACCGGAACAUUGACUUCCGGGUUUUUGGCGUUUGGGAAACAAGGCGUUUGAGAACCAAGGCAUUUGAGAACCAAGGCGUUUGAGAACCAAGGCGUUUGUUAACUAAGGCAUUUGAGAACCAAGGCAUUUGGUAACCAAGGCAUUUGAGAACCAAGGCGUUUGGUAACCAAGGCAUUUGAGAACCAAGGCAUUUGAGAACCAAGGCGUUUGGUAACCAAGGCAUUUGAGAACCAAGGCGUUUGGUAACCAAGGCGUUUGGUAACCAAGGCGUUUGGUAACCAAGGCGUUUGAGAACCAAGGUGUUUGAGAACCAAGGUACCAUUGUCUUCCGUUUUCUCCUCUUGCAGACUGUCAAGCGCCCCCGAAAAGUGCACCUCCCCGUAGCCAAGCCCAGCCCGCCCAAAAGCCUCCCGCUCUCCAGCCCCGCUUUGCGCGACGGCGACUCCGACGAGGACGCCGGCUACCGGUCGCCUUCCGCGCGGGGCGGGUUGGUGGCUGGCGGCCGGCGCCAGGCCGAGGCGGAGCACAACCGCGGCUACGACGGCGACUCGUCCAGCGAGAGGAGCUCCGGGCGGCACCGGGAUGAGGAAGACGCUCCCCGCAGGCACCCGGUCCGCAGCAGGAGGCGGAGCCAAGACGGCGGGCAUCGGAGGCGGAGCCAAGAUAGCGAGUCGGACCGACAGCGCUUCACCAAUGGGUACAGCCACCGGGGCAGCGCUAGCGGGCUGGCCCUGGUAUCCGGGUUCAAGAGGCUUCCACAGCAGGACGUGCCGAUGAAACCGGUCCGCUCCGUGCUGGUAAAGAGCAAGGAGAGCGAAGGUGAGUGGGAUUUACGCCCCGAUUUCCCUCUCCUCUUUUUUUCUUUUACGUAAAGAUUCUUCGCCUUUUUAAUACGACUUUUUAUUAAUUUUUCUGUUUUACAAUUUCAGAUAAGCAUUUUGCAUCAUUAAGAGAUAUAUAUAUGUAUGCGUGUGUGUGUGUGUGUGUGUGUGUGUAUAAAUAUAUAUAUUUUUUUUAAAAAAUGUAUUUUUCAAGUUUAACAUUUCACUAAUUUUAUACAUUUCACUAGUUUUACAGCCAUCUUGACAUUUCGAAACUUGACUUCCUUCCCCCUUUCUGCGGUUCCUUAAAUUUAUUUCUAAUAUCUUGUGCAUAUCCAAAGCAACCUAAUUUGCUCAUUUGUUCAUCUUCUUUAAAUAUACAGUGGUACCUCGGAAGUACGACUUCCAAAAUGUUUGGAAACCAAAGCGCGGCUUCUGAUUGGCUGCAGGAAGCUCCCAUCUUCCUGCUUCCUUUUUCCUAUUUGUCAAUUCUACAUAUUCCAUUGAUUUAUCUGCCUUUCCCCCCCUCCCUCCUUCGAAAGCGCUUGAAGAACUCUUGCAGAAUCUGCCGUUCAUUUCACCCAAAUGUCUUCAUUUUUUUUUCUCUCCUUCCUCCCCCAAAAAUGCAGAAUUUGGCUUGAAGUUGGGGAGCCAGAUCUUUAUUAAACACAUUACGGACACAGGACUGGCGGCCAAGGACAGUUCUUUGCAGGAGGGAGACCUCAUACUGAAGGUGAGUUGGGUGGGAGAGGUUCUUCGUUCAAAUCUCGGAGCAAUUACACCCGCAAUUUGUGGGAAUGUUCAGGGUGGCAGGAGAGGAUAUAUUGUUUAUUAAUAUCCUCCCUUUUUAAUAUUUGCUUUAUCUUUGUUUAUUCAAUUUUCAUACCACAUAAAAAACGGGUAAUACACCCUUUCCAAUACAGUUGGUCCUAGGCUCUGUCUGUACAGUGUUCCUAAAACCGUAUCAGUCCCAGAAUCAGUGCCGGAUUUACGUAUAAAUUAAACAAGCUCUAGCUUAGGGCCCCGCACUCUUGGGGCUGCCCCAAAAAAUGUAACGGGGGGGAAAAACCUGGAUGCACAUUUCCAAAAUAUAAGAUAAAAAAAGAAAUAAAAUAAAACCUAUAUGCAGCAACAGGAUUUUGUAUUGUGUAGGCUCCUAUGAUGUAAGUCAUGGGUAGGCAACCUAAGGCCCGGGGGCCGGAUCUGGCCCAAUCGCCUUCUCAAUCCGGCCCGCAGACGGUCUGGGAAUCAGUGUGUUUUUACAUGAGUAGAAUGUGUCCGUUUAUUUAAAAGCAUCUCUGGGUUGUUUGUGGGGCCUGCCUGGUGUUUUUAAAUGAAUAGAAUGUGUCCUUUUAUUUAAAAUGCAUCUCUGGGUUAUUUGUGGGGCAUAGGAAUUCGUUCAUUUAUUAUUAUUUUUCAAAGUAUAGUCCGGCCCCCCACAAGGUCUGAGGGACAGUGGACCGGCCCCCUGCUGAAAAUGUUUGCUGACCCCUGAUAUAAAUCAUGGGCCCCGCCUGCUCCCUAAAAUAUCACUGCUUUGCUCCUUUCUAUAUAUAGGGUGCCUACAUUUUGCAUGGACUGGUUGCAGGGCCACAUUGUGCAAAUGGCUUUAGAUACCUACAAGGUCCAUAAAUGACCAUUUAGCAUAUAUACAACACAGAAAAAAACAGCGACAAUUUGUUGUUGGCAAAGGACAGCAGGACAAAGGGCCCCAUUACCUUCAGGAGCUGAGGGCAGGCAUAGGCAAUUCCGGUCCUCCAGAUGUUUUGAGACUACAAUUCCCAUCAUCCCUGACCACUGGUCCUGUUAGCUAGGGAUGAUGGGAAUUGUAGUUCCAAAACAGCUGGGGGGCCGGAGUUUGCCUAUGCCUGGCUUAGGGCGUCAUCUAACCUAAAUCUGGCCCGGAUCCUUCGGUAUGUCUGCACCUAAAAUACCUAAAAGGAAGGCUUCUGGUCUUUUGAGCAACUGUUAUUUUAAACAUUGUUUUCCAACUCGUUAUAUAUCAUUUCCCAGAAUUCCUUUAUCGCUUUACAGUUCCACCACAUAAGAUAAAAGGUCAUGUACAGUGGAUGCUCAGGUUGUGAACGUGAUCCGUGCGCGAUGCACAUUCGCAACCCGCAGUGGCGCGUCUACACACGCAUGGGUUGCGAUUCGGUGCUUCUGCGCAUGCGCAAAGUGCGAUUUAGCGCUUCUGUGCAUGCGCGACACCCGAAACCCGGAAGUAACCCGUUCUGGUACUUCCAGGUUUUGGCAGGUCCGUAACCCGAAAAAACCCAACCUGAAGUGUCUGUAACCCAAGGUAUGACUGUAUAUCAAAAUUUGCUGAUUUGGUGGUACUCCUAGAAAUUAGGGACACGGGUGGCGCUGUAGGUUAAACCACAGAGCCUAGGACUUGCUGAUCAGAAGGUCGGUGGUUCGAAUCCCCGUGACGGGGUGAGCUCCCGUUGCUCGGUCCCUGCUCCUGCCCACCUAGCAGUUCGAAAGCACAUCAAAGUGCAAGUAGAUAAAUAGCUACUACUCUGGCGGGAAGAUAAACGGCGUUUCCGUGCGCUGCUCUGGUUCGCCAGAAGCGGCUUAGUCCUGCUGGCCACAUGACCCGGAAGCUGUACGCCGGCUCCCUCGGCCAGUAAAGCGAGAUGAGCGCCGCAACCCCAGAGUCGGCCAUGACUGGACCUAAUAGUCAGGGGUCCCUUUACCUUUACAUUUACCUAGAAAUACAUAAGAUAGAUAACUAUGAAAUGAUUUUUGUGAGAUUUAACAAGUUAACUCUUUACAUUUGGACAACCUUUCCGCUGUGGAGAAAAACAACCCUUUCCUUAAUAGCAAUUUAAACGAUUCGUUUAACUAAAAGAAUAACCUGAUGGCAUGUUGGAGCUAGUCCUAUACAUUUCCUGACCUUCUAACAGCGCUCAGCUUAGUCGGCUUAGCGUGAGAUGCUGAAUCUCCGGGUUCAAGAGAAUCUCCUCUCUUUCCAGAUCAAUGGGGUGUCGAGUGAGAAUCUGUCCCUGGAGGAGACGCGGCGGUUGAUCGAGCUCUCGGAGGGGAGGCUGACAUUGGUGGUCCUUCGGGAUAACAGCCAAUUCCUGGUGAACAUUCCCCAAGUGAGAGAUAGCGAGAGCGAAAGCUCCCAUCUGGACGGUGAGUGAGGGCCAGUUCUUAGCACUUCCAGCUGCUUAGCGCUCGCAGAAGUGAUGCACCGCGAAAUUAUUUCUCUUUGUUUUCUUUUCCCAAAGACAUCUCUGACCUCGGCUCGGACAUCUCGCCGCCUCCAACUGCCCCAGCGAGCGGGCCGGACUCGCCGGGAUCUCCAAAGUGGAAUCCGGCCCCGUAAGCUUUUCUCUGAGAUGCCUGUAUGGGGGGCGGGUGUCUCAUUUCCUUUUCCCUCCCGCCCCCCCUGUCUCUCUCUCUCUCAUUCUCUCUCUCUCUCUCUUUCUAUCUCUCUCUCUCUCUCCUUCUCUCUUUCUUUCUCUCUCUCUCUCUCCUUCUGGAUUUAUUCUAGGCACGGCCAAAUUUUGCUUGUUGAACCUUGCCUCGUUAGAUAAGUCUUAAAGCCUUCCCACUCCUUUUAGACUACAUCGGUUGGUUUAUUCCGUAAUAAUUCUGUCCCUUUUGCAAGUUCCAAGCACAGCACUCCCUUCACUUUAAUUCCAAUUCUUCACUAGUGCUUUAAAAAAUCUCCUUCCCUCCCCAAACCCAGGACCCUACGGCGCUCCGAGCAAACGUCACCCGAAAAGUCAAUGACACCCCCACUUCGUGGUGAGUUCAUCUCCUGUCUCUCCCAUCUCUCUGUCAAGGUGGCUGGUUUUUGGUUUCGAAGGCGGCUGAGAGGUUUUACGGCAGGGACUCAAGCCCUUGGGGGGGGUUCAGGGUUCAGAUGUGGCCCCCUAGACCUCUCAAUCUGGCUCCUGGAUCCUUCCCCUCUGGCCCUUUCCCACCAAAUGUUUUUGCCAGGUUGCAAAGGUGCCCUUGAAUCUUGCAUUUUGUGUGCCUGGGCAAAGGGUUUUGGGGUGGCUAGAUUUUCUAUCCAAAUUGGGGGGGGGGGGCUUGUUUGUCUAUCCCAGCAGUGGAGAAACCUCCAUUUUGGGGGCUCGGUUUCCCCCAACUCAUUUUCUGCCCCUGACACCCUCCAUUGUUGUUUAGUCGUUUAGUCGUGUCCGACUCUUUGUGACCCCCUGGACCAGAGCACGCCAGGCACUCCUGUCUUCCACUGCCUCCCGCAGUUUGGUCAGACUCAUGUUUGUAGCUUCGAGAACACUGUCCCGCCAUCUCGUCCUCUGUCGUCCCCUUCUCCUUGUGCCCUCCAUCUUUCCCAACAUCAGGGUCUUUUCCAGGGAGGCUUCCCUUCUCAUGAGCUGGCCAAAGUAUUGGAGCCUCAGCUUCACAAUCUGUCCUUCCAGUGAGCACUCAGGGCUGAUUUCCUUAAGAAUGGAUACGUUUGAUCUUCUUGCAGUCCAUGGGACUCUCAAGAGUCUCCUCCAGCACCAGAAUUCAAAGCAUCAAUUCUUCGGCGAUCAGCCUUCUUUAUGGUCCAGCUCUCACUUCCAUACACCCUCCAUAGAUCAGGUGAAAUCUCUGCCUUAUCCGUAAAUACUCCAUAAGCUGCAGACAUGAUGGACUGAGUAAAGGCCCCAAUCACACCUUCUAUUAAUAAUAAUAAUAAUAAUAAUAAUAAUAAUAAUAAUAAUGUUAUUAUUUGUACCCUGCCCAUCUGACUCUGUUUCCCCAGCCACAACGGGCAGCUUCUAACAAAUAUAGAAGCAUAAUGAAACAUCAAACAUUAAAAACAUCCCUGUACAGGGCUGCUUUCAGAUAUUUCCUGAAAGUCAGAUAGUUCUUUAUUUCCUUGACAUCUGAUGGGAGGGCGUUCCACAGGGCGGGCACCACCACCGAGAAGGCCCUCUGCCUGGUUCCCUGUAACCUCGCUUCUCGUAGGGAGGGAACCGCCAGAAGGCCCUCGGGAGAUGGACCCCGGUGUCCGGGCUGGACGAUGGGGGUGGAGACGCUCCUUCAAUGGGCUAUUUAGAGCUUUCAAGGUCAGCACCAACACUUUGAAUUGUGCUUGGAAACGUCCUGGGAGCCAAUGUAGGUCUUCCAAGACCGGUGUUAUGUGGUCUCGGCGGCCGCCCCCAGUCACCAGUCUAGCUGCCGCAUUCUGGAUUAGUUGCAGUUUCCAGGUCACCUUCCAAGGUAGCCCCACAUAAAGCGCAUGGCAGUAGUCCAAGUGGGAAUUAACCAGAGCAUGCACCACUCUGGCCAGACAGUCUACAGGCAGGGAGGGUCUCAUCCUGCGUACCAGGUGGAGCUGCCCUGGACACAGAAUUGACCUACGCCUCCAUGGACAGCUGUGAGUCCAAAAUGACUCCCAGGCUGCACACCUGGUCCUUCGGGGGCACAGUUACCUCAUUCAGGGCCAGGGAGUCCCCCCUCCUGCCUGCCCCCUGUCCCCCAGAAACAGUCUGUCUUGUUGUUAUUCAGCCUCAAUCCAUCAAUCACCAUCCACCCCCAACCGUUGAAAGAACUACAAUACCGCUUUAAACACUCCAGGAAUUCUGGGAUCUGUAGUUUUUAUUCAGGGUGCUGCUAACUGUCAGGAGAACCCUGUCAUCCCCUCAUAGAACUACAUUACCCAGCCUAACAACCAGUCCCUCUGUCCCGGGGAACUCUGGGAAUUGUAGCCUUGGGUGGGGGACUCUUAGCAAACUACAUCUCCCAGGAUCCUUUGGGGCAAUCCGUGACAGUUUAAAGUGGACCGCUUCUGCUUUUAAGGGUAUGCUAUGGGUUCAGCUUUGGUCAGUUUGCCUGUGCUUUGAAAUGGGCGCAAUAAAAGAGCUUCUGCUCUGUCCAGAGUGCUGAAAUCAUAUUGCGCUAACCUAAGUGUUUUAAUAUUGGUUUUAAAGGCCUUUUUUAAUGCCUGAUUCUUCACUGUGUUUUCCUAUUCAGCUGGGGCAACCCAGUCAAACGGGUGGGGUACAAACAUUAAAUUAUUAUUAUUAAAAUGUGCGGUGCCAACGGGUUGCCUGUAAAAUUGUUUUUGAGCUUUUUGGGGAGGACACCCACCCCUGCCCCCAGAAUGUACGUUUGGGGGCUUAUUUUUGCAUUUUUUUAAGCGUUCAAAAAUAAUAAUUCUUGCCUUACGUCCUGAGUUUGCCCAGACAUUUUUCCAAUCGGCAAAAAUCCACCUGGAAGCCAUUUUGUAGGGCGGUUACCAGGGAAACCCAGGCGUAAGGCAAACCUACCCUAGUCUAGAAAUGGAGGUAUACUUGUGGCCAAGGGAUGGAAAGAUCACGAGGCUCCAAAAAUAACAGAUUGGCAAAUCAAAUUACAGGAAUUGGUGGAGAUGGCUCAACUGACUAGUAUACUCAGAGGAAACUCAAAGCAAAAAUUUGCGGAGAAAUGGGAUGGUUAUAGAAGAUAUGUUCAAAAAUACAAUAAUAGUUUUGACUCCGUGCUACCAUUUGAGUGAUAAAGGAACUAAAAGGAGGUGGACAACAAUUAACGGUUUAUUAUGUUUUCAAAAUGUAUUAGGAAAAUUAUAUAGAAAGGUUUAUUGUUUUGUGUACAUCCAAAGGUAAGAUAAAAUAUAUGCAAAGGGACUUGACAGGAAGUCAAAGUUGAAGAAAAGAUUUUGGAAGAUAAAAGGGGGGAAAAUAUUUACUUUCAUUAUUAUCAUUUUGUGUGCGGGUGUGGGUGUCUGCACAUAUGUGUGUUGUUGUAUGCAAUGUUUGGGAGGAAAUAAGACGGUAAAUAACAAAUAAACUAAAUAUCGAUGUAUGUAAUUUUUAUUUCUUAAUUAUAUUUACGGGUAGUAUGGCUGUAUUGUUUUUUGUAACGUAAAAUCAUUCAAUAAAAAUUAUUUUUAAAAAAGAGAUGGAGGUUGUGGUUUUCAGACUGUCUCUGUGUCCUGUCCCCCUUGCCAGAAGUCCAAGGGAGUCCUGAAAAUGACUACGAUGCCCACGCCGAUGCCGUUGCCUCCCAGACCGGCACAAAUUAUGGGUAAGGAGCUUGGGAGAGUCCUAGCGGCUCCAGAGUUGGCCGCACGCAUCCUGGCCCUGAGAGCGUUUUUCUUUUUCUUUUUUAAAUAUAAUUUUUAUUAACAGGCCAAUCAAAUCACAUUAAUUCCAAAUCACAUUAGUUCCAAAUUAUACAGCCAGAUUUUUAAAAUUUUGUUGGGGGUGCCCAUACUUCAAGCUCCCAAAGGGGUCCAAACAUCACUCUUGCUGCUGCUUAAAUUAAACAGUUCUAUCCAGUUCUGUCCAGAUAGUCUCUUUGUUAUUUUCCUCAUCUUCUUGUUGUUGUCAUAUACAGUGGUGCCUCGCAAGACGAAAUUAAUCCGUUCCGCGAGUGUCUUCGUCUAGCGGUUUUUUCGUCUUGCGAAGCAACCCUAUUAGCGGCUUAACGGAUUAGCGCUAUUAGCAGUUUAGCGGCUAUUAAAGGCUUAUCGUCUUAGCGGAUUAGCUGCUAAAAGGCUAUUAAAGGCUUAGCGGCUUAGAUAAAGGGGGGGGAGCGAAAAAAAAAUCUCAAGACUCGCAAGACAUUUUCGUCUUGCGAAGCAAGCCCAUAGGGAAAUUCGUCCUGUGAAGCAACUCAAAAAUGGAAAACCCUUUCGUCUAGCGGGUUUUCCGUCUUGUGAGGCAUUCGUCUUGCGGGGCACCACUGUAUUCCUUUCUUUGUGAUCUCUGAUAAUCUUCACAAGCGGGUUGAAAACAAACAUCUCCUGUGUGGGUUUUACAUUCUCCAAGAGUCAUAUCACAUAAAGGACAGACGCCAUUUCCACACCUCCGUUAAAAACAUUCCCACAGUCUGUCCGUUGAUUUCCACAGGCUUGCCAAUCUAUAUCUCAGGGGGCCCUGCCAGGUCAAGAUCACAUUCCAAUCAGUGGCGUAGCGUGGGGGGUGCAGGGGGGGCCGGCCGCACCGGGCGCAACAUCUGGGGGUUGGGGGCGCAAAUCCACGGGUUAGGGGGUGCAAAUUACUUGCCUUGCCCCGGGUGCUGACAACCCACGCUACGCCACUGAUUCCAAUAACCAUACAUUCACAUUCCCUGAGAGCGCUUUUCGUCCUCUCCUGUUUCAGAUACAGCCCCGAUUCGAAAGUGGUCCGUUUCAUAAAAGCCAAGAGCAUCGGUCUCCGUCUGGCCGGCGGCAACGAUGUCGGCAUCUUCGUCGCCGGGGUGCAGGAAGGCAGUCCAGCUGAGAGCCAAGGGAUCCAGGAAGGAGACCAGAUCCUUCAGGUAAGCAGAUCCCUCGCCCAAGGACUGCCUGAUCUCCGCAAGGUCUGUGAUGUGAUGGGGACGCGGGUGGCGCUGUGGUCUAAACCACUGAGCCUCUCGGGCAGGCAUGGGCAAACUCGGCCCGCCAGAUGUUUUGAGACUACAAUUCCUAUCUUCAUCAUCAUCAUCAUCAUUUAUUAUUUAUACCCCGCCCAUCAGGCUGGGUUUCCCCAGCCACUCUGGGCUCCUUCCAACAGAAUAUCAAAAUACAGUAACGCAUCAAACAUUAAAAGCUUCCCUAAACAGGGCUGCCUUCAGAUGUCUUCUAAAAGUCUGGUAGUUGCUGUUCUCUUUGACAUCUGCUGGGAGGGCGUUCCACAGGGAGGGCGCCACCACCGAGAAGGCCCUCUGCCUGGUUCCCUGUAACUUGGCUUCUCGCAGGGAGGGAACCGACAAAAGGCCCUCAGUGCUGGACCUCAGUGUCCGGGUAGAACAAUGGGAGUUGAGACGCUCCUUCAGUAUACUGGGCCAUUUAGGGCUUUCAAGGUCAGCACCAACACUUUGAAUUGUGCUCGGAAAUGUACGUAUAAUCCCUGACCACUGGUCCUGUUAGCUAGGGAUGAUGGGAGUUGUAGUCCCAAAACAUGUGGAGGGCCGAGUUUGCCUAUGCAUGCUCUUGGACUUGCUGAUCGGAAGGUCGGUGGUUCGAAUCCCCACGACGGGGUGAGCUCCCGUUGCUCUGUCCCAGCUCCUGACCCAAUAGAGUAGCUGGGUUCUGUGUUAUAAAUCAAGAACUGCUAGUUAGUUUUCCAAUGUAUUUCUUAUUGGUAAAAAAUAAAUGUUGUGUGGCACAAGCAGAUUUUUAUCCUGAAAGUGUGACGCAGAGAGAAAAAAGGGCACCCCCAAAGGUCAUCCAGCCCAACCCCCUUGCAAUGCAGGGAAAUUUUGCCUGUUGCGAGACUCGAACCCACGACCCUGAUUUUGAAGAGUCUCAUGCUCUACUAAAGGCACGCGGGUGGCGCUGUGGGUUAAACCACAGAGCCUAGGACUUGCCGAUCAGAAGGUCGGUGGUUCGAAUCCCCGUGAUGGACGGGGUGAGCUCCCAUUGCUCGGUCCCUGCUCCUGCCAACCUAGCAGUUCGAAAGCACGUCAAAGUGCAAGUAGAUAAACAGGUACCGCUCCGACGGGAAGGUAAACGGCGUUUCCGUGCGCUGCUCUGGUUCGCCAGAAGCGGCUUAGUCCUGCUGGCCACAUGACCUGGAAGCUGUACGCCGGCUCCCUCGGCCAGGAAAGCGAGAUGAGCGCCGCAACCCCAGAGUCGGCCACGACUGGACCUAAUGGUCAGGGGUCCCUUUACCUUUACCUAUGCUCUACUAAGAAGCACUGCUCAGAGCAGUUUGGAAGAGUCUUAUUUCAGAGGUGAAAACAAGUGCGCAUUCAGACAGAGGUGCGGAACAUUGUUAUCUCUGCUUCCUUACUAUUUGCUCCUCGGCUCCUGCCCACAGGUGAACGAGCAAGUUUUUCAUAACCUCACCCGCGAAGAGGCCAUUCAGUACCUCCUGGAGCUGCCACCGGGCGAAGAGGUGGCGUUGCACGUUCAGAAUAAGCAGGACAGUGAGUAACUCGCCAUUGUCGUGUCCCUCCAGCCCUCAUUUGCCAUUGCUUAACUAGGACUUGCCGAUCAGAAGGUUGGCGGUUCGAAUCCCCGCAACAGGGUGAGCUCCUGUUGCUUGGUCUCUGCUCCUGCCAACCUAGCAGUUCGAAAGCACGCCAGUGCAAGUAGAUAAAUAGGUACCGCUCCGGCAGGAAGGUAAACGGCGUUUCCGUGCGCUGCUCUGGUUCGCCAGAAGCGGCUUAGUCCUGCUGGCCACAUGACCCGGAAGCUGUACGCCGGCUCCCUCAGCCAGUAAAGCGAGAUGAGCGACACAACCCCAGAGUCGGCCACGACUGGACCUAAUGGUCAGGGAUCCCUUUACCUUUACCUUAAUCUUUUUUAUUAUUAUUAUUUUUAAUGGAAGGCAAGAAAAGAGAGCGAUAGACCGGCUGGCAGAACAGCGUCUUUGCAGGAGCCUCCAGCCUUCCCGAAUGCCAGCAAGGCUGAACAUUGGAGUAAUCAGUGUUGGAAACUCAGAUAUAUAAGCGAAUUGCCAAAUGACACCUUCAACCAAGGGGCGGCAACCUAUGGUCCCCGGGCUGGAUCAGGCCCAUCUGGGUCCUAAAUCUGGCCCGCGCCGUGAAGCCGGAACCCGCCGCAACGCCGAGACUCCCAGUGACGGCGACUUGUUUACCUCAGUGGUGUCUUUAUUCUUUGAAGAGGGAUUCAAGGGAACUUAUCAUGAAUGUACAAUUCAAUUUGAGACAGGUUGAAUUGUAUAAUAGUGAGAGGCUCACACAAGCCUGCAACCAGCUAUCUCCUGGGCAUGUAAAAAGGGGAAUGUAACUCUGCUAAGUAAAGGAACUUGCUAGUGCAAGUUAGGAAGGAUUUGAAUAAACAAUAUAUCCUCUCCUGCCACCCUGAACAUUCCCACAGGGGAGAUGCUCUGCAGGGGUCAGCAAACUUUUUCAGCCGGGGGCCGGUCCACUGUCCCUCAGACCUUGUGGGGGGCCGGGCUAUAUUUUGAAAAAAAUAUAUGAACGAAUUCCUAUGCCCCACAAAUAACCCAGAGAUGCAUUUGAAAUAAAAGGACACAUUCUACUCAUGUCAAAACAUCAGGGGGGACGCGGGUGGCACUGUGGGUUAAACCACAGAGCCUAGGGCUUGCCGAUCAGAAGGUCGGCAGUUCGAAUCCCCGCAAUGGCAGGGUGAGCUCCUGUUGCUCGAUCGCUGCUCCUGGCAACCUAGCAGUUCGAAAGCACGUCAAAGUACAAGUAGAUAAAUAGGUACCGCUCUGGCAGGAAGAUAAACGGCGUUUCCAUGCGCUGCUCUGGUUCGCCAGAAGCGGCUUAGUCCUGCUGGCCACAUGACCCAGAAGCUGUACGCCGGCUCCCUCAUCCAAUAAAGCGAGAUGAGCGCCGCAACCCCAGAGUCGGCCACGACAGGACCUAAUGGUCAGGGGUCCCUUUACCUUUACCUUUACCUUUACCUUUAAAAACACCAGGCAGGCCCCACAAAUAACCCAGAGAUGCAUUGUAAAUAAAAGCACACAUUCUACUCAUGUGAAAAACACACUGAUUCCCGGACCGUCUGCGGGCCAGAUUGAGAAGGCGAUUUGGCCAGAUCCGGCCCCCGGGCCUUAGUUUGCCUACCCAUGCAUUAUGGAGAGCAAUGUCACUUGCCUGGGGUUCAAAAUAAUAAUAAUGAUGAUGAUGAUGAUGAUGAUGAUAAUAAUAAUUUAUUUGUACCCCACCCAUCUGGCUGGGUUUCCCCAGCCGCUCUGGGCGGCUUCCAACAAAGAUGAAAAAUACAUCAAAAUGUUCGAGCCUUCGUUUCUCUCUCUCUCCUCCUAUCAGUCUACAGGAAGAUGGUGAAGUCCAACGUGGGCGACUCCUUCUACAUCCGCACCCAUUUCGAUUUUGAGAAGGACGCCCCCUCUGCUCUGAGCUUCACCCGUGGUGAGGUCUUCCACGUGGUGGACACCAUGUACCGGGGGAAGGUCGGAAGCUGGCUAGCCAUGCGGAUGGGCAAAGAUCUCCAGGAACUCGACAAGGGCAUUAUCCCAAACCGAAACAGGUAUCCUGGCAGGAGAUGGGCUGUCUCUGAGGGUCCCUAUGUUGUUGUUUAGUCGUGUCCGACUCUUCGUGACCCCAUGAUCUGGCUUAUUUUACACGGGGGUAGUCCCGAUCAGAGAAGACAACCUUGGAACCAGUGUAUUAAAUUGUAUACAUUACUGGCUGCACAAUAUUGCAAUAUUUCGUACAAUAUUAGUUAAGACACAUUGCAAUUAGCGGAGACUCUAUAGCUACACAGGGUGAUAUAAUCCGAUAUUAGAAAUACUCAGAGUAGACCUAUUGAUAAAUUCCAGCAUUAGAAAUACUCAAGAGUUAGACCUAUGGGAAUUAAUGGAGACUCUAGCCCUUAAAUUAUAUUGGCUGCAUAGAUUCCAGUAUUAGGAAUACUCAAGAGUUAGACCAAUGGGAAUUAAUGGAGACUCUAGCCAUUAAAUUAUAUUGGCUGUAUUUUUUGUUGUUGUUUAGUCGUGUCCGCCUCUUUUGUGACCCCAUGGACCAGAGCACGCCAGACCCUCCUGUUUUCCACUGCCUCCCGCAGUUUGGUCAAACUCAUGCUGGUAGCUUCAAGAACACUGUCCCACCAUCUCGUCCUCUGUCGUCCCCUUCUCCUUGCGCCCUCCAUCUUUCCCAGCAUCAGGGUCUUUUCCAGGGAGUCUUCUCUUCUCAUGAGGUGGCCAAAGUCCUGGAGCCUCAGCUUCAGGAUCUGUCCUUCCAGUGAGCACUCAGGGCUGAUUUCCUUCAGAAUGGAGAGGUUUGAUCUUCUUGCAGUCAAUGGGACUCUCAAGAGUCUCCUCCAGCACCAUAAUUCAAAAGCAUCCAUUCUUUGGUGAUCAGCCUUCUUGAUGGUCCAGCUCUCCCUUCCAUACAUCACUACUGGGAAAACCAUAGCUUUUACUAUACGGACCUUUGUUGGCAAGGUGAUGUCUCUGCUUUUUAAGAUGCUGUCUAGGUUUGUCAUCGCUUUUCUCCCAAGAAGCAGGUGUCUUUUAAUUUCGUGACUGCUGUCACCAUCUGCAGUGAUCAUGGAGCCCAAGAAAGUCAAAGCUCUCACUGCCUCCAUUUCUUCCCCUUCUAUUUGCCAGGAGGUGAUGGGCCCAGUGGCCAUGAUCUUAGCUUUUUGAUGUUGAGCUUCAGACCAUAUUUUGCGCUCUCCUCUUUCACCCUCAUUAAAAGGUUCUUUAAUUCCUCCUCACUUUCUGCCAUCAAGGUUGUGUCAUGGGUGUAAUCCCAUGGGAUUACUGUGCUUCACUGGCCAGCAAACUUGCCUGACCUGAACCCCAUAGAGAAUCUAUGGGGCAUUGCCAAGAGAAAUACCCUCCACUCAACCCAUCCCGUGGUUCUCCUUUGCACCCCAGGGCGGAGCAGAUUGCCAGCUUGGAGUCCGUCCUCAAGGCCACGUCGGGAGCCGCCUCUUCGGGGCCGCGGGCUGAGUUCUGGAAACUGCGGGGCCUGCGAGGAGCAAAGAGGAACCUGCGGAAGAGUCGCGAGGACCUGUCUGCCCUGACCAAGCAAGGGCACUACCCGCCGUACGAGAGGGUCGUUCUGAAGGAAGGUGAGGGCAACUUGCCUUGUUUUUGGGGACUCCAAGAGCGGUGGGCAGUGCCGGAUUUACAUAUAAGCUAAACAAGCCAUAGCUUAAAGGUAAAGGGACCCCUGACCAUUAGGUUCAGUCGUGGCCGACUCUGGGGUUGCGGCGCUCAUCUCGCUUUACUGGCCGAGGGAGUCGGCGUACAGCUUCCGGGUCAUGUGGCCAGCAGGACUAAGCCACUCCUGGAGCAACAGAGCAGCGCACGGAAACGGCGUUUACCUUCCCACCAGAGCCUAUUUAUCUACUUGCACUUUGAUGUGCUUUUGAACUGCUAGGUUGGCAGGAGCAGGGACCGAGCAACGGGAGCUCACCCCAUCACAGGAAUUCGAACCGCCGACCUUCUGAUCGGCAAGCCCUUGGCUCUGUGGUUUAACCCACAGCGUCACCUGCAUCCCAAAGCUAUAGCUUAGGGCCCCACUAUUUUAUUUUAUUUUUUCUGGCCCAUGUAGGACCAGUCUGGAUAGUUGGCCUUGGUGAAGAUUUGACGUUUUCACGCCCCCCCCCAAAAAGUUUUUGAUUGGAGUUUUUGCUGAAAUGAGGCUGCAUUUUAAUGUUGUGUUUUAAUCUUGUUUUUAAGUUGUAUUUUAAUCAAUCGUUUUUAUACCUGGUGUUAGCCGGUCUUGGCUGGGGCGGUUGGGGUAUAAAUAAAAUUUAUUACUACUACUUCUUCUUCUUCUUCUUCUUCUUCUGUAACAAGGUCAAUAAUAGCAUAUUUGGGUAUUUUCAGUGCUUUUUUCUGGGGGGACGGACGCAGGGGUACGCAUACCCCUAAACAUUCUGUGAAUUUUAGUACUUUUGUCCAUUUACUAUACAGAAAUGCAACUUUUGGGUUGCGAAAGCGGCAAACCCGGAAGUGCAUUCUUCCAGGUUUCUCCAUGCGCACAUGCGAAGAAGCACUCUAUCGCACUGUGCGCAUGCACAGAAGCAGCGACUCUACUUGCGGAUUUUUCAGGAUACGUACGGACCCCUAGAACAAAUUAUAUCUGUAACCAGAGGGUCCGCUGUAUUUAUUUCCCCCGAUUUGAACUAUAAAACGGUGGUUUUCUUGAGUCAAAAUGAGAGUACCUCUAAACAUUUUAUUUUAUUAGAAAAAAACACUGGGUAUGUUUAUGCAAUGUUAUGCGUGAGGCUUAACCAUUGGCCUUUGAGGACCUGGCACCUUCCAGAUCUUUUUGGACUACAAUUCCCAUGCUGGCUGGCGGUUGAUGAUGGGAGUUGUAGUCCGAAACAUGCACAGAGCAUCGCCUGGAAAACUUUGCCCUGAUCUCCUCCGUGAUGGAGGGAGAUGUACAUGCAAUAAAUGAGCAAGAUCCCUCUGACUUUCCUCCUCCUCCCUGGCAGCAACCUUUAAGCGCCCGGUUGUGAUCCUGGGACCCAUCGCCGACAUUGCCAUGCAGAAACUCAGCACCGAUUUGCCGGAUCAGUUUGAGAUUGCAGGUGAGCCGCCUUCCCCACGAACCAAGUCCAGUGCAUAGCUGUCAACCGUCCCUUAUUUGGCAGGAAACUCCCUUAUCCCAGCGCCGUGUCCCGCUGCUGUCCCGGAUUGAUGAUGUCCCUUAAAUUUCCCGGGUUUCAAAGGAAGCAGCUCCUCUCCCUCCCUCCCUGCCGGCCAGGGAGGAGGGAGGCUCCAACUGUGUUGCUUGGCUGCGUUGCUCACCCAAUAAGGAGUCUAAGAACGACCGGGGGGUGGAGCUUGCAUGCCUUGUGCCAAUCAAAUCGGCCGCGUUGCCUGGGGACUCGCCUUUGCUCAGCGCUUCCCAGCGGAGAGGUGACGGUGGUUUUCCUUGCUGCAUCCCUUUGCCGGGUUGCUGCGCUGUGGGAACCACCGCUAGAGGCUUCGCUUGGCUGCUGGCUGGGCUUUCUGCCUUUGGCUCGGAGGGGCUUAGAAGUUUAUCAUACCUGUGCCUGGAAAAUCCCUUAUUUUGGCUGCUGAUCCCUUAUUUUCGAGGCUGCUGGUCCCUUAUUUUCAAAUCUGUAAGUUGACAGCUAUGGUCCGGUGGGGCCGGGAGGGCCAGGUCUUCAUAUGUCGUCCGACUCACUGUGCUUUGACCGACUCUUGCGCAGUCAAAGAUGGAAAAACAAUAUCCAUCUCUCUCUUUCUCUUUCCCUCCCCAUUUUUAGAGAGCGUGGCGAGAGAAGGGAGCUCAUCUAAGGUUAUCAAGCUGGACUCCGUGUGGCACAUUGCAAAACAGGUUAGAGGAGUGAGGCGGCGGGAACGUCACGAAACUGGGGUCCAAGGGGGUGGGAAGCAGAUGCUCCCUCGCUCUGAAGCCCUUCCCUUCAAAAUAAGACGCUAGUCCUCAUGGUUCUGUGUUGUGUUCUGAAGGCGAAGGCAAGGACCGGACCCUGAUUAAAACAAAACACACGAGGCUUGGCCAGCAAGACUCUGGGAGGAUGUGCCAAUAAUAAUCACCUCUCACACCCUGGCCCAGAUCCCUUUUAUUAACAAAAUAACUUUUAACACAGCGCUUGUAAGAACCAAUCCGAGGUCCUCUGAGCAUUUCAAAAACAACCACUACGUGGGUACAAAGUUAGAUCCGAGAAAUCCUUUUAACUACAAAGACUACUUUGAGCAUGCAUAAAUAAAACAGGAAUCAAGGAGGAAUGCAUUUAGCAAAUCCCGGAGGUCAUAAACAGGCAGUAAACAGGAAAGAAAUACAGUAUUUACCAUAUCCUUGUGAACUCUGUUUCCUGAACUGUCUCCCUGGCCCUAAGAUUAACAAAACUAACAAAAGCUACAUCAAAGCUACCUUCUGUCUUUAUGACCCAGGAUGCCUGGUGAAGCAACUGGUCUGUGUUUUAGAAUGCUUAGAUGCGGGUGGCGCUGUGGGUUAAACCACAGAGCCUAGGACUUGCCGAUCAGAAGGUCGGCGGUUCGAAUCCCCGCAAUGACGGGGUGAGCUCCCGUUGCUCGGUCCCAGCUCCUGCCAACCUAGCACUUCGAAAGCACACCAGCACAAGUAGAUAAAUAGGUACUGCUCCGGCAGGAAGGUAAACGGCGUUUCCGUGCGCUGCUCUGGUUCGCCAGAAGCAGCUUAGUCCUGCUGGCCACAUGACCCGGAAGCUGUACGCCGGCUCCCUCGGCCAGUAAAGCGAGAUGAGCGCCGCAACCCCAGAGUCGGCCACGACUGGACCUAAUGGUCAGGGGUCCCUUUACCUUUAUGUGCCUGUCAGGCGUAGAAAAUGGACAGUAGAGAUAAUGGACAGAGAUGCAGAGGCUUUUGGGAUUGAAUCAGAACUUGUGUCAAAUGGCCCAAAGCAAUGCAUUCAUUGCAGACACAAUGGCUUGCUACAUUUUUUCAUAAUUCUUCAUAACAAUCCCAUGUGGCCACCACAGUUCUGAACAGAGGGGUGAUUUAAACAGGAAGCUGCCUUCUGCCAGAUCAACACAUUGUUUCCUCCAGCUUAGCAUUCUCCACACUGAUUGGCAGAAGCUUUCUAGGGAAUGUUCCCAUCUAUACUCGGAGACUCUGGGUGUUGCUUCUUGCAGCAAAGGGGCCAACUGACCGGAUGUCAAGGCAAUAAACAACUAUUUUACUUUUAAAAGACAUCUGAAGGCGGCCCUGUUUACGGAAGUUUUUAAUGUCUGACACUGUAUUGUUUUUAAUAUUUGGUUGGAAGCUGCCCAGAGUGGCUGGGGAAACCCAGCCAGAUGGGUGGGGUAUAAAUAAAUUAUUAUUAUUAUUAUUAUUAUUAUUAUUAUUAUUAUUAUUCUCUUGAACCAUGCAAUGUCUUGUCUUUUACAUCAGAUUUAAACAACACACGUUAUAAAUACAGGGCUGCUUUCAGAUACCGUCUAAAAGUCAGAUGGUUGUUUAUCUCCUUGACAUCUGGUGGGAGGGCGUUCCACAGGGCGGGCGCCACUACCAAGAAGGCCCUCUGCCUGGUUCCCUGUAACCUCACUUCUCACAGGGAGGGAACCGCCAGAAGGCUCUCGGAGCUGGACCUCAGUGUUUGGGCAGAACGAUGGGUGUGGAGACGCUCCUUCAGGGAUACUGGGCCAUUUAGGGCUUUCAAGGUCAGCACCUUUGAAUUGUGCUCAGAAACGUCUUGGGAGCCAAUGUAGGUCUUUCAGGACCGGUGUUAUAUGGUCUCGACGGCCGCUCCCAGUCCCCAGUCUAGCUGCCGCAUUCUGGAUUAGUUGUAGUUUCUGGGUCACCUUCAAAGGUAGCCCCACGGAGAGCGCAUGGCAGUAGUCCAAGCGGGAGAUAACCAGAGCAUGCACCACUCUGGCAAGACAGUCUGCGGGCAGGGAGGGUCUCAUCCUGCAUACCAGAUGGAGAUGCCCUGGACGCAGAAUUAACCUGUGCCUCUAUGGACAGUUGUGAGUCCAAAAUGACUGUGAGUCCCAUAUGGUCUUGGCGGCCGCCCCCAGUCCCCAGUCUAGCUGCCGCAUUCUGGAUUAGUUGCUGUUUCCGGGUCACCUUCAAAGGCAGCCCCAUGGAGAGCGCAUGGCAGUAGUCCAAGCGGGAGAUAACCAGAGCAUGCGCCACUCUGGCCAGACAGUGCACGGGCAGGGAGGGUCUCAGAUAAGAGUUGGCAGACAGCCGCCCUGGACGCAGAAUUGACCUGCGCCUCCGUUGACGGCUGUGAGUCCAAAAUGCCCUCCAGGUUGCACACCUGGUUUCAGAUGGAGUUGAUAAAUAGCCGCCCUAGAUGCACGAUUGACGGCCUCAUUUGUCGCUUUCCUGUCUCCCAGGAUAAACACGCCCUUUUGGACAUCACCCCGGCAGCCGUGGAGAGGCUCAACUACGUCCAGUACUUCCCCAUAGUGGUCUUCUGCGAGCCGGACAGCCGGCAAGGCGUCAAAGCCAUGCGCCAGUGGCUGGCCCCGGAAUCCAAGAAGAGCUCGCGGCGCCUCUACGCCCAGGCUGGCAAGAUGCGCAAGGACUGGAGCCACAUCUUCACGGCCACCAUCAGCCUGGCUGGGGGCUCCAACAGCUGGUACCAGAGUCUCAAGGACAUCAUCCGGGUGCAGCAAGCCCGACCCGUAUGGACGACAGAGGAGCAGGUGGGUGCCGUCUGGGGUAUCAGAACCUGGAUCUCACGUCUUACGCUGUGGUUGUGGCAUGCUGGCGUUUUCUUUUUUUUUAAUGAAAUAUUUUUCAUUUGAUUUUUUAAAACGUCAGCCUCGUUCCGGAGCGGACAGAGGCUGGGGAUGAAAGCUGGCAAAGAGAGAUAAGGAGACUGGAAUGUGAGAGGGAGGAGCGGCAGCCGAGUGGCAUAGCUUCGGAGAACAGAGAGCAGGCAGCAGAUAGCAAAGAUCCACAAAAUGCCAAUAUUAGCUCAGAGACGGAAGGGGAGAGGCCAGGAAUUGUUGUUGUUGUUGUUUAGUUGUGUCCGCCUCUUCGUGACCCCCUGGACCAGAGCACGCCAGGCCCUCCUGUCUUCCACUGCCUCCUGCAGUUUGGUCAAACUCAUGCUAGUAGCUUCGAGAACACUGUCCCAUCAUCUCGUCCUCUGUCAUCCCCUUCUCCUUGCGCCCUCCAUCUUUCCCAGCAUCAGGGUCUUUUCCAGGGAGUCUUCUCUUCUCAUGAGGUGGCCAAAGUCUUGGAGCCUCAGCUUCAGGACCUGUCCUUCCUGUGAGCACUCAGAGCUGAUUUCCUUCCGAAUGGAGAGGUUUGAUCUUCUUGCAGUCCAUGGGACUCUCAAGAGUCUCCUCCAGCACCAUAAUUCAAAAGCAUCCAUUCUUCGGUGAUCAGCCUUCUUGAUGGUCCAGCUCUCACUUCCAUACAUCACUACUGGGAAAACAAUAACUUGAACUAUACGGACCUUUGUUGGCAAGGUGAUGUCUCUGCUUUUUAAGAUGCUGUCUAGGUUUGUCAUCGCUUUUCUCCCCAGAAGCAGGCGUCUCUUAAUUUUGUGGCUGCUGUCACCAUCUGCAGUGAUCAUGGAGCCCAAGAAAGUAAAAUCUCUCACUGCCUCGUAUUUCUUCCCCUUCUAUUGGCCAGGCCAGGAAUAGCUAGCCCAAAAACUCGAAGGCUCAAAAAGGUCAGCGAGAGGAGAGGAAAAGAGUGGAAGCGAAAGGGUUUUUCCCCCGUUGGAGGAAGGGGUAGAGUUUAGACUCAGGCAACUGCAAACUUGGAGUCAGACACGGCGUGAAGGAGCUCUGGAGUGAUUUAUGUGUUUGAGCAAUAAACCUGAGAUAAUUACUGCCGUUGUCUCACUUCUGUGGGAGAGCCAAGCCAUUAGAAAAAUACAGACUUAUUGCAAAAUCAAUUAAAAAUCCAUAUAAAAAGAUUGCCCUGAAUCUCAAGACUUUCCCCCCCUCCAUCCCCUCCAUGGGUCCUAAUAUCAAUAUUUACAACAGCAUAUAAAUCCGUUAUCCACAUUUUUUAGCCGUCCAAAUUGUCCAUAGUCUUUGUAACCUUGCAAAUGAGAUUAAAAAUCCUGCUGUUUUCAUCUGCUUACAAUGAUCUCCUAAAUAAAAUAUAAUUUCCUCCCAUUCUUUUUAAAAGUUCUUGUCCUCUUGGUUCCUGAGCUUUCCAGUUAAUUUUGUGGCUGUUGUCGUUUCUGGUCCUUUCGAAUCUCGGUACCUAUAAUUCCUAAUUAAAAAAGCUUCUGUUUUUUUUAAACAAAAGUUAUUUUAAACACUUUCCCCCCCAUUAUAUAUCAUCUCCCAGAAUGUUUUUUAUUACCUCACACAUCCACCACACAUGAUAAAAGGUACCUUCUUUUUCUUUACAUUUCCGGCAGGUAUUUCUGCUGGUUCUAUACAUUUUUGCUAACUUCCUAGGAAUCAAAUACCACCGGUACAUCGUUUUCAUAUACAGUCAUAUCUCGGAAGUCAAACAGAAUCCGUUCCAGAAGUCCGUUCAACUUCCAAAACGUUAGAAAACCAAAGCGCGGAUUCCGAUUGGCUGCAGGAAGCUCCUGCAGCCAAUCAGAAGCUGCGGAAGCCCCGUCGGAUGUUCAAAAACCGGAACAGUCGCUUCUGGUUUUCGGUUGUUCGGGAGCCGAGGUACGGCUAUAAUUUCCUUUCAGCACACAACAUGCUGCACGCUCGCGUUUUCAAAGAAGAACGGUUGGCUUCUGAUUAAUAACCAUCAUACUAAUUAAUAAUAUUAAUUUAUUUUUAGCAUUGUGCAUCAUUCAAGAAUGGGCUUACAAUUAUUUGCAUUUUUUGAGCUGCUUUUUGCCACCUGGUGUCUCUCUGUAAUAAUGUUUUCUGAGUCUCUCUUUUCCAUUGGACCGAUCUUGGGGUUGUGUUUUUUAAAAAGAACCAGGAAGUUUGCAACCCUCUCCAGGAAACCUUUUAAGCUUAAGGGCAAUAACUUCCAUCUACCAUGAACACAUUUGCAGAAAAAUUCCUGUUUUCUUAGACAUUUCUUUUCUCUGCCCUCAAUGAUCUUACGGGUGAAACUGGUUUUGAUUGGGUUUUUAACAAAAUGUUAUAAUUGUUUUUAUCGCUGAUGUUUUUCGUUGUGAAAUUGCUUCGAGGUAUUUUACAAGAAGCACAUUUCAAACGGAACAAAAUCAGUAAGUGCCUGUUUGCUGAUCUGCAACAACUUAUACCCAAGUUGUCAUGCAUUUUAAUAGGUAAAUUCUCCUUGUAAUGUAUAUUUUGAACAGCUGGUUUUAUUGAUGUUUUGAAUUUAUUAUUUUUUAGGUCCGCUUGGUUUUUAACUUCUGGCUUUUAACUGAUAAUUUUAAUGUAUCUUCUGUGCAAUUUGGACGGCUGCCCAGUCACUCUGGAUUUGAACACCUCUUAGAAUAUCGUGACCAAACUUUGCAUGACAGCUCCUGAGAUCAGGAACUGCUUUUCAUCUAUAUUUGGAUGCCUGAUUUUAUCCUGAUUUUGCACAAUCAUUCCUGAGAUCAGGGAACUGGUUUUCCUCUAUAUUUGGAUAAAACGGGGGGUUAUUUUGAAUCAAGAUGGUGAACUGAACCUUUCGAAACCGCCCUGAUUUUUGUUGCAGAAAAGCAAAUACAUUUCCUUCUUCUGAGCUUCUAGUUAAUGCAUGAGUUGCUUUAAACUACACGAGGGCGAUCUAAACAUCACCGGUUCCGAGUCAUAUUCUUGUUCUCUCCCAACGUGUUGAGACAAGAUCUUUGCCUCUUUCAUCUUUACUCAUCCGAUAAAUAGUUGUUUCAUGAAUAAAGUCUCUGAACUCCAGAAACUGUAAGCGAUCAAAUAAAUCUUAUUGACCCAAGCGGCAAGCACUUCUAACAGGUUAUGGGCCCAGGCGUAUAUUUGGAACCCCAAACGGAUUUUCCCAAAGUUUCCUUUCCAAAAGCCUUCCCAUUCCAGCGAGAAAGCCAGUGAGAAGGGGAGUGGAUUUCAAGAGAAGUGAAGAGUAAGGCUGGGUGGACUGGACUAGGAAGAAAGAGCCGGCUGCAAGGAAGGAAGCAAUCUGCAAAAGCAAAAAUCCUAGGUGUGCCUCUCCCCAAAGGGAAAGCAGAAAGGGAAGGUUUGCAUUGCUGGGAACUGGAACUUGCAGAGAGAUGAACAAUGGCUGGAAUUUAGGCAAAGGCAGUAAUCCCCAAGUCGAAGGAGCAGAUUUUUCAACUGUGGGUGUUCAAGAUAGAGAAUCUCCCAGCCCGCUGCUGAUUUUGCGCAAUCGGAUAACGAAGGGCAAGCAAGCAAAAGGCGUUGUCUUUCGCUGGAAGAAUCACUGAUAAUACACACCAGAGGACUGGGGAAACGGUAUUCAAUUAGGCUGAAACAGGAUGGAGACUUGCAAACUCGUCUGAGUACCACCCUAGAAAUUCUUCUGCGAUUGAGAAAAGUCGGCGGUGAUCUUGAGGACAACCGUGCGGCGGUUUCCGUCUUACGCCGUUUACCCCAAUCCUUUGAUAAAUGUCCUGGAGACCCAACCAGAAGCAGAUUUGAGUCUUUUCCAAACAAGUAGAAGAGCGUCACAGGAUUAAGAGAGUUCUUGGGGAGGAACGCAGCACAGACGCUUGUCAAGGAAAGAGCAAAGAACGUCUUUUUGUUGUGGGGAAAUGGGACACCCAAGGGAAUAUUAGAAGUAUGGGGUGCAAGCUUUAAAGCUGCCUGGUAUGUUGAUUCGGGUGCGAGCAAUCCUAGGACAAGUUGGGUGAAAGAUGCCUGCCAACUUGACAGUUGGGUGAAAGGUCCCUUCCAACUUGACAGUUUUAUGAUUCUAGAAGUGACACAUCUUUGUUGCACCGCUUGAUCCAAACAACAAAGACCGGAUUUACCGUAUUUUUUGCUCUAUAAGACUCCUAAAAAGUAAGGGGAAAUGUGUGUGCGUCUUAUGGAGCGAAUGCAGGCUGCGCAGCUAUCCCAGAAGCCAGAACAGCAAGAGGGAUUGCUGCUUUCACUGCGUAGCGAUCCCUCUUGCUGUUCUGGCUUCUGAGAUUCAGAAUAUUCUUUUUUCUUGUUUUCCUCCUCCAAAAACUAGGUGCAUCUUGUGGUCUGGUGCGUCUUAUAGAGCGAAAAAUACGGUACUUUGCCAAUGGGAACAGCAACAUUCCUAUAUAUAUAUACAGUGGUACCUCGGGUUAAGUACUUAAUUCGUUCCGGAGGUCUGUACUUAACCUGAAACUGUUCUUAACCUGAAGCAUCACUUUAGCUAAUGGGGCCUCCUGCUGCUGAUGCGCCGCCAGAGCACGAUUUCUGUUCUCAUCCUGAAGCAAAGUUCUUAACCUGAAGCACUAUUUCUGGGUUAGCGGAGUCUGUAACCUGAAGUGUAUGUAAUCUGAAGCGUAUGUAACCCGAGGUACCACUGUGUGUGUGUGUGUGUGUGUGUGUGUGUGUAUAUAUAUAUAUAUAUAUAUAUAUAUAUAUAUAUGAAAUUAGUUUUUUUUAACAUAUCAUUUUCAACAGUAAUUAAACAUACUUUCACAUCUUAUUCAAAUUUUUGACUUCCAUCAAUCCUGUCUGAAAAUUUUCCAGUCUAAUCUCUCAGUAUGCAUUUCUUAUCUUCCCUAUGACAUUUCAAACUCAUAACCAACAUCUCUCUCUUUUUCUACUUUGUAACACUUCGUAUAUUUCUCCUUACAAAACUUCUAGCGUAAUUUGUUGAUUACAGUCGCUCUUCAAAUAAUUCAUAUACUUCUUCCAAUCUUCUGUCAACCUCUGGUCCUGCAGGUUUCAAAUCCUCCCUGUCCUUUUGUCCAAUUCUGCAUAGUCCAUUAAUUUUGUCUGCCGUUCUUUUUUCGUCGGAAUUUCUUCUUGUUUCCAUAUCUGGGCUAACAAUACUCUUGCCACAGUUGUUGUGUAUAAAAACGAUUUAACAUCUUGCCUAUUAAUGAGUCGUACGGCAACAUUCCUGAACGGAAAGGCCGAGCUUUUCUCAAGUGAGUCCAGCAAAGAUCAUUCCCAUAUUCAUUCCCCAAGUAACACCCUCUGGGAACGACCCAGCCAAGUACGACCGGAACCAUCGCAAAGCGGUACCACUAGUUCGGAGACUCGCUCCAGAAGGAUACCACGGCCGAUGGUAUUGAAAGCCGCCGAGAGGUCCGGAAGAAUUAACAGGGACGUGUUUCCCUUGUGUGUGUCUCUCUCGACAGAGCUACUAAAGCAGUUUCUGGGCCAAAACCAGAAGUGGAUCCAGAAAAUCAGUUUCUUCCAAAAGCGCCCGGAUCUGGCCAGCGACCACUCGCUCCAGAACCUUGCCCGGGAAAGGGAGAUUCUAGAAAACUGCAACCUGUGUUGCUGAGGGAAGUAGUCCGACUCAUGCAACACGUUGGCGACCAAGCUACACACAAUAAUUGCCGUAUUUUUUGCUCUAUAAGACUCACUUUUCCCCUCCUAAAAAGUAAGGGGAAAUGUGUGUGCAUCUUACGGAGCGAAUGCAGGCUGCGCAGCUAUCCCAGAAGCCAGAACAGCAAGAGGGAUUGCUGCUUUCGCUGCACAGCAAUCCCUCUUGUUGUUCUGUCUUCUGAGAUUCAGAAUAUUUUUUUCUUGUUUUCCUCCUCCAAAAACUGGGUGCGUCUUAUGGUCUGGUGCGUCUUAUAGAGCGAAAAAUACGGUAUUUACUUUCAUUAUUAUCAUUUUGUGUGCUUGUGUGGGUGUCUGCACAUAUGUGUGUUGUUGUAUGCAUGAAACAUGGACCACGUAUAAACACCAUCUCCAACUCCUUGAAAGAUUCCAUCAACGGUAUCACCGAAAAAUUUUACACAUCACUUGGGAAGACAGGCGAACUAAUACCAGUGUACUGGAAGAAGCAAAGAUCACCAGUGUCAAAGGGAUGAUUCUUCAACAUCAACUUUGUUGGACCGGUCAUGUUGUACAGAUGCCUGAUUAUCGUCUUCCAAAGCAACUACUCUAUUCCGAACUUAAAAAUGGAAAGCAUAAUGCUGGUGGUCAACAAAAGAAGUUUAAAACUGUCUCAAGGCUAAUAAUAAUAAUAAUAAUAAAAUAGUAUAAACACCAGCAACUGGGAAACACUGGCCUGCGAGCGCUCCAGUUGGAGAACAGCCUUUCCCAAAGGUGUCGUGGGCUUUGAAGACACUCGAACUCAGGACACAAGGGAAAGACGUGCUAAGAGGAAGGCACGCUUGGCAAACCCUCACCGUUAUCAACUCUCGCUCGGAAACCUAUGUCCCCACUGUGGAAGGACAUGUGGAUCCAGAAUUGGCCUCCACAGUCACUCACGGACUCACUGUUAAAACCGUGUUUGGGGAAGACAAUCUUACUCGGCUACGAGGGAUCGCCAAAGACAAGAAGGUCUUGGAAACAGCAGCAGCUAAGCUCUCUGAGGACCAUGGAGGCUGUCACAGCCUGAGAAGAUAAACCCAAAGACUAAACACAUCGGCAUAAAGUUAUCUCCUUGUCAAGGACAUGCAGCAAGAUAGCAUCGUUGGCUGACGGCCUGAGCUGUCCAUAAAUCGCCUGAAAAUGCAAAUGUAUUUGAGAAGGCAGGUGGUACUGCAGAAAAGCAAAAGACCUUUCCUUCUUCUGGACUUCUGGCUAAUGCGUGUGUUGCCUUGAACCCUGUAAAGGCGCUGUUUUGUCUAGAAAUUGUUUCGUGGCCUCUCUGCCUAAGCUAAAUCCCCUCGCAUGGUCACCGUUUAGUUGUUCUCUCCCAACGUGUUGAGAGGCAAAACCUUUCGUCUCUGCUCAUCCGGUAAAUAGUUCCCGACGAGACGAAUCCGUUCCUGCGUAAAUAAAGCCUCUCCGGAAACUGUAAGUGAUCGUUCCGGCCUAAUUGACCCAAACCGCGAGCUCCCCUAACACCGCUUUCGAAACUGCCCAUAUUUUAACAACUGACUUGCCCUGUGUUUUUAUGCUCUAUGGUUUUUAAAAACAGACCAGCUUGGGGGCGGGCUAUUAGAAUUCCAGAGCGACACGCCGUGUGCGACGAGUAAAUUUAUAUUUUGUGUAAACGGCUUUGAGGUUUGUUUUUUUAAUCAUUACUAUAUUUUUGCUCUAUAAGACUCAUUUUUUCCCUCCUAAAAAGUAAGGGGAAAUGUGUGUGUGUCUUAUGGAGCGAAUGCAGGCUGCGCAGCUAUCCCAGAAGCCAGAACAGCAAGAGGGAUCGCUGCUUUCACUGCGCAACGAUCCCUCUUGCUGUUCUGGCUUCUGGGAUUCAGAAUAUAUUUUUUCUUGUUUUCCUCCCCCGAAAACUAGGUGCGUCUUGUGGUCUGGUGCGUCUUAUAGAGCGAAAAAUACAGUAGGUGAUACGCAGGUUAGGUUAAAAUAAACUCAUCCGCCUCCCUUUUCCACCCAGGUGGAUGUUCCAGCCGACGAAGGCUUGGACCUAUUGAACCAGCCCUCUCCCACCAGCCCGGGCUACUUGACCUGCGACAGCCGAGCCAAUAGCGACUAUGAUGAGACGGACGCAGAAGGCGAAGCUUACACUGACCAGGAGCUCGAUGAAUCCUAUCAGGAGCCGGCCCUGGCUCGCUCCUCAGAACCCACCGAGCAAACCACGGAUCAGGACCUCAGCGAGCGGGUAGCGGCUGCUUUGGCUUACCCAGUUAAGCAGGUAAAGGUAAAGGGACCCCAGACCAUUAGGUCCAGUCGUGGCCGACUCUGGGGUUGCGGCGCUCGUCUCGCUUUACUGGCCGAGGGAGCCGGCGUACAGCUUCUGGGUCCUGUGGCCAGCAGGACUAAGCCGCUUCUGGCAAACCAGAGCAGCGCACGGAAACGCCGUUUACCUUCCCGCCGGAGCGGUACCUAUUUAUCUACUUGCACUUUGACGUGCUUUUGAACUGGUAGGUGGGCAGGAGCAGGGACCGAGCAACGGGAGCUCACCCCGUCAUUGCGGGGAUUCGAACCGCCGACCUUCUGAUUGGCAAGUCCUGGGCUCUGUGGUUUAACCCACAGCGCCACCCGCGUCCCUAGUUAAGCAGGUAAGGAGCCCCCAAAUGGGUUCCUAGGGGUCAUCUACUCCAACCUAAUCCCCAUUCUCCUGCAGUGCUGGGCAGCCCAUGUGAUGGGGGAGUUACUGUAGCAAGAAACAGAACAGUUUGAGCGUAUUACCCCAGUCCUGGUCCGGCUGCACUGGCUACCAUUUAGUUUCCAGGCCCAGUUCAAAGUGCUGGUUUUGACCUAUAAAGCCUUGAACGGCUCAAGACCACAAUACCUCAAGGACCACCUCUUUCCAUAUGAACCCACCCGGCCCCUGAGAUCAUCUUCUGAGGCCCUCCUACAUGUGCCUCCUCCUUGAGAGGUCCGGAGGGUGGCAACACGAGAACGGGGCCUUCUCUGUGGUGGCUCCCCGUCUGUGGAACGCUCUCCCCAGGGAAGUUUGCCUGGCGCCUUCAUUACACACCUUUAGACGUCAGACAAAAACGUUCCUUUCCAACCAGGCCUUUGGCUGAUCCGAUUUGCAUCCUCUGCCCUUUUAAAAUGUGUUUUUUGUGUGUGUGGAGGGAGGGGUAUUGGGUUGCUGUUUUUAUUUUUUAUUAGGUAUUUUGUGGUUUUAUAUCUUGAUUUUAUUCCGUGAACCUAUACCCCCAGGUAUAGGGCAGUAUAUAAAUUCAAACCAUCUGGUACGCAGGCUGAGACCCUCCCUGCCCACAGACUGUCUCGCCAGAGUGUUUCCAGCUCUAGUUAUCUCCCGCUUGGACUACUGCCAUGCGCUCUACAUGGGGCUGCCUUUGAAGGUGACCCGGAAAUUGCAAUUAAUCCAGAAUGCGGCCUCCAGACUGGGGACUGGGAAUGGCCGCUGGGACCACAUAACACCGGUCCUGAGAGACCUACAUUGGCUCCCAGUACGUUUCCAAGCACAAUUCAAAGUGUCAGUGCUGACCUUUAAAGUCCUAAACGGCCCAGUAUACCUGAAGGAGCGUCUCCACCUCCAUCGUUCAGCCUGGACACUGAGGUCCUGCUCCGAGGGUCUUCUGGCAGUUCCCCCCUUGCGAGAAGUGAGGUUACAGGGAACCAGGCAAAGGGCCUUCUCGGUAGUGGCACCCACCCUGAAGGGAGGGCCCCUUCAGAUGUCAAGGAAAUAAGCAGCUAUCUUCUCUUUAAAAGACAUCUGAAGGCAGCCCUGUUUGGGGAAGUUUUUAAUAUUUAAUGCUGUAUUGUUUUUAACACUUGAUUGGAAGCCGCCCAGAGUGGCUGGGGAAACUCAGUCAGGUGGGCGGGGUAUAAAUAAUAAAUUAUUAUUAUUAUUAUAAACAACAACAACAACAUCUCCUGUUCUGUUUCACCGCUGAAAAGCACUUACCAUUGGGACGCUUGUACUAAUUUUUAGCCAAAAUCUGUGCUUAAGAAAACCUAAGAUGAGCCUGAUGGAUCAGACCCAAUCCAGCCCAGAAUCUUGUUCUCACGGUGGCCAAGAAGCUAGGAAUCGAGGUAGACUGGCUCUGGAACUGGAGGCUCCAUCAGGGCCUAAGGAAAGCCUGGCUUCUGGUACGAGCCAAAGGAGAUUCAUCUGGUCAUCUGGUCCCAAAUGACUUUUGGGAAAGGUGCAAGCAGGAUUCGCACGCAAGAACUACCGUAUUUUUCGCUCUAUAGGACACACUUUUCCCCCUCCAAAAAUGAAGGGGAAAUGUGUGUGCGUCCUAUGGGGCGAAUGCAGGCUUUCGCUGAAGCCUGGAGAGCGAGAGGGGUUGGUGCGCACCGACCCCUCUCGCUCUCCAGGCUUCGGGCAGCUGUCCACAAGCCUUCGGAACGUGGCGGGAGUUUCCGCCGCGCUCUGAAGGCUUGCGGAUAGCAGCAAGCUCCAGGAGCAAAGGCAAGGUUACGUGUGCAACUUCACCCCCGCUUCCGAACCCGUUCUGGGGGCUGGGGUCAGGGGAAGCUUGGACUUCCCCCGCCCCAGCCCCACGGCUAAAAAGGAAGCCAAGACAGUGAGCGGGAUCCAUCCCACUCGCUGUCUAGGCUUCUGCCAAAGCCGCGCGCAGCCUCUCCCGGCGAGACGUUGUGCGUGGCUAAAGAGGAAGCCAAGAUAGCCAGCGGGAUGGAUCCUGCUCGCUGUCUUGGCUUCUUUGCUCUUUGGGGCUGGAGGGGGAAUAAUUUCCCCCCCUUUAUUUUCCCCCCAAAAAACUAGGUGCGCCCUAUGGUCCAGAGCGCCCUAUAGAGCAAAAAAUACGGUACUCUCUCCUCCUGUGGUUUCCAGGGGCUGUUCUUCAAAAGCGUCACUGCCUCUGACCACAAAGGCAGAGCCUAGCCAUCACGGCUUGCGAUAAUUUUAUUAUUUGUACAUCGCCCAUCGGACUGGGUCGCCGCAGCCACUCUGGGCUGCUUCCAGCAAAUUAAAAACGCCAAACCCGGUUUUGAAAACAAUGGUGCAAAUGGGAAGCGAUUCUCCUUGAAUUAAGAGUAUCCCAAACUUUGGGUCCCCGGUUGUCGUCGGACUACAACACCCAUCAUCCCUAGCGAGCAGGGAUGAUGGGAGUUGUAGUCCCAGCGACAUCCGGAUUCUCACCUGCUGAUUCCUCUUUCUUCCCUCUCCAGCACGACGGCGACCAGCAACCCCAAGGCCAAUGGAGGGAAGACUACGGAAUCAGGUAGCGCCUCCAAACUUGCUUUUUGCAUUCUGGGGUACUGGGAAAAUGACCACCCGAGUGGGAGGGCUGAUUUUUGGUUUCCAAGGGCACGAGAUGAAGAGUUUGGGGGUCGAGGACACGGUUUAGGGGCUGCAGCAACCCUGCGAGUUUUAAAAGAGGGUGGUCGGCCGGUCAACGAUCCAACGAUCCUGUGCGCUGGCUGCAAUUGUGAAUGAUUGCUCAAGUUACUAGUCCACAUUGGCAGUUGUUGGCAGCCCUCUGACCAGGGCCGGAUUAGGUCCGAUGAGGUCCUAAGUUACUGAAGGUAAUGGGGCCCUUUAUAUGUCCAGCUGUCCUUUGUCAACAACAAACUGUCGCUGUUUUUUUGUGUUGAAUAUGUGCUAUAUGGUAAUUUAUGGACCUCAUAGGUAUCUCAAGCCAUUUGCGCAUGUGGCCGUGCAACCAGUCCAUGCAGAAUGUCGGCACCAUAUAUAUAGAAAGGUGAUAUUUUAGGGAGCAGGCUAGCAGGCGGGGCCCAUGAUUUACAUCCUAGGAGCCUACACAACACAAAACACUGUUGCUGUAUGUAGGUUUUAUUUUAUUUGUUUUUUAUGUUACAUUUUGGAAAUGUACAUCCAGGUUUUUUUCCCCCUUUACAUUUUUUGGGGGGUUCCCAAGAGAGCGGGGCCCUAAGCUAUAGCUUGUGUGUCCAAACUUUUUUCAAAGAGGGCAAGAUUUGAUGAAGUGAACAUGCGUCGCAAGGGCUGACCAAAGUUUAUUGGACUGAAGUUGCUGAGCUUUUUAUUGGAUUUUACCCCAGGAAAUAGGGACGUGGGUGGUGCUGUGGGUUAAACCACAGAGCCUAGGACUUGCCGAUCAGAAGGUCGGCGGUUCGAAUCCCCGCAAUGACGGGGUGAGCUCCUGUUGCUCGGUCCCUGCUCCUGCCAACCUAGCAGUUCGAAAGCACGUCAAAGUGCAAGUAGAUAAAUAGGUACCACUCCGGCGGCGUUUCCGUGCGCUGCUCUGGUUCGCCAGAAGCGGCUUAGUCCUGCUGGCCACAUGACCCGGAAGCUGUACGCCGGCUCCCUCAGCCAGUAAAGCGAGAUGAGCGCCGCAACUCCAGAGUCGUCCGCGACUGGACCUAACAGUCUGGGGUCCCUUUACCUUUUACCCCAGGAAAUAAACUGCCACAGGGGGGCUGGAUCGUACCGACCGGCGGGCUUGAACGACUUGAAAUAAAAACCCCUCUUUUGCUUUAGUUUUGCAACCUGGUUUUCCUCUCCCCCAGGGAAUAUGAACACGAUGCCCUGCGGAAGAAGUUCACCCACGCUCAGACCUACGACUCCGAGUCGGACCAAGACUACGGUUACGACUGGGGUCCUGCCACAGACCUCUAGACUGUUCUGCAGAGAUUGGGGUUCGCCGAUUGGAGGAAUACACGAUGUGCGUUGUGUUAUUUUUUCCCCCAUUUUGAAAUUCUGUGCCUACGACAUCCCUGUAUGCCCUCUUACCAGCCCCGGGUCCCUGCGGAUCAGGCCCCCCCCCGACCCCAAACUCAGGUCCCGAUUCUUCGCGGCACCACCUAGCAAGGAACCGUUCCGCCUCCCUUUGCUCCGAAAAUCCCGGGAUCUGGGGCGGGGGGGGGGGAACGAUCUGUGCCAACGGCUCGCAGCUUCUGAACAAAAGACCUCGAGGCAAAUCGGUUCUUUUUUAAAAAACGAGGAGAUGGAAAAUAAAUAAAUCUCCAUGCACACCUGCAAAGUUUGGGCCAGUUUUUUAAUAAUAAUAAUAAUAUAAAACCUCCGUAAUUGAUCUCUCGCUGUUGGAGAAACACUCAAACGCCCCUCUGGAUUUUUGCCUUAAUAAAUAGCUUGUUUUAGCUGUGUUUCAGUUCUGGGUUUUUGUGUGUGUCAGGAGCUGAAAACUCCAGAUAGCUUUUCCUGGAGAUCCUUGCUUUGCAGAUUUAUUUCAUCUUUCGUUUCCUAAAACGUUCACAUCGUUAAAAAACAACAACAACACAAAUCCGUUCGCCUCAACGGAGCUUCGCAGGUCGUUUCUCAGAAUAGAGAAAUCGGGAAGUUAAAGCGAGUUGUUUGUCGGAAUUGUAGAUGGAGAAAAUGAGGAUCUCUCGGGGGCUUAAGGCCGUGUUAAAAUGAGAGAGUCACAGGAGGCUGCCUGUUUGAGCAGAGACAAUACCAUAUUUUUUGCUCUAUAGGGUGCACCUAGUUUUUGGGGGUGGAAAUAAAGGGGAGGAAUUAUUCCCCCCCCCCCAGCCCCAAAGAGCAAAGAAGCCAAGGCAGUGAGCAGGAUGGAUCCUGCUCGCUGUCUUGGCUUCCUUUUUAGCCGCGGGGCUGGGGCGGGGAAGCCCAAGCUUCCCCUGACCCUAGCCCCCAGAACGGGUCUAGAAGCGGGGGCGAGGUUGCACGUAACCUCGCCUUCGCUCCCGGAGCUUGCUGCUAUCCGCAAGCCAGUGUGGUGUAGUGGUUAAGAGCGGUGGACUCGUAAUCUGGGGAACCGGGUUCGCGUCUCCGCUCCUCCACCUGCAGCUGCUGGGUGACGUUGGGCUAGUCACACUUCUCUGAAGUCUCUCAGCCCCACUCACCUCACAGAGUGUUUGUUGUGGGGGAGGAAGGGAGAGGAGAAUGUUAGCCGCUUUGAGACUCCUUAAAGGGAGUGAAAGACUGGAUAUCAAAUCCAAAUCCAAUCCAAACUCUUCUUCUGAGUCCGGCGGGAACUCCUGCCGUGCUCCGAAGGGUUGUGGAUAGCUUCCUGAAGCCUGGAGAGCGAGAGGGGUUGGUGCGCACCGACCCCUCUCGCUCUCCAGGCUUCAGCAAAAGCCUGCAUUCGCUCCAUAGGACGCACACACAUUUCCCCUUCAUUUUUGGAGGGGGAAAAGGGCGUCCUAUAGAGUGAAAAAUACGGUAUGCUGGCGAGGGCCUAUUUGACACUUCCAACCACUUCCCUACUUAAAAGCGCCUCUCAAGCUGGGGGAAAUUGCAGUCUUCCACUCACCAGUGGAGGGGGGGGGGGAAGGAAAAACAGCUUGAGGAGGCGGACUUUGGAUGGGAAAACCCCAGAUUCAAAGAAGCCCUGCCUCCCAGCUCAAACUGGCAGCUGCCUUGCAGGCACAAAACUCUCCCCCCCAAAAUACC